CGACAAGCCUCUUAAAAUAAACAUUCGCUGAUAUUAAGAACUUUAUAUUAAUCAACGAAAGGAAACAACUAACGUAUCAUGGUAAACAUGAAUUAUGACACGCGCAUUCAUUUUUCUUAAACUAUGACGUCUCAAAUAAAAUAAUGUCAACGAACUUUGAAGAAAAUAAAAUAAAUCAUGAUGAUCAUGAAUCAUGUCAUCAAUCAUUCAUCAUUGUCAUUAUAGUUCAUAAUUAAUAGUCAUAUUCAUUCUUCUCAUUCAAAUUUUCUAGCUUCGUAGUGUUAUCGUCGGUACAAUGAAUAAAUUUGAGUGAUAGUGCAGUUCAGGUGCAUAUAUUAUUUCUGAUCAAAUUUUGUAUUAUCACAUGAUAACUUAAGUGAACGUGUUACGUGUAUUCGUUAUAAAAUAAUAAUAAUAAUCAUAUUCAUUCUUCUCAUUCAAAUUUUCUAGCUUCGUAGUAUUAUCGUCGGUACAAAAUGAAUAAAUUGGGGUGAUAUUGCAGUUCAGGUGCAUAUAUUAUUUCUGAUCGAAUUUUGUAUUAUCACAUGUUAACUAACGUGUUACGUGUAUUCGUUAAAUAAUGUAGUCCAUAUAGUAGUAUUAGGUCACACUGACACAAAUUUGUAUGGCAAUAACUUUUUCUAUUUAUUGAUUUUUACAGUACAUAGAUGGUAGCGUACACGAUCUCUCCUUUCUUAUUUUUUUAAAAAUUCACCCUUCUUACAUGCCAGAUUGCAAUUUUCCACUGACACUGCGCCACCCCCCCUCCCCACCCCCCUCCAAUGUGUUUUUUUACAGGCCCCGUAAUUUAGAUGUUAGCUUAAGGGCUUUUAAAGAUGUUAAUUUCAGAAUGCCAUCAAGAGCGGUGAUGUGUUUAUUGGCUAGUUUUAGGAAAAAUUAAAAUUAUGAGUUCAUCAACAAGUUAAAAAGUUUUUACACUUAAAUUUUAUAAUACAGAAUCCAUGAAAAGGUUGUUAAAGACUAAAUAUCAUUGUUUGUGAAAGUAUAAAUAUAAUUAUUGUCAGUAUAGCUGACAAUUGUAGCAUAGUUUCUAGCUGCUAUCAUCUUCCCAUGGAGUAGCCAGGUGUUGCUCUAUCGUAACAAUGGGAUAGUAGCUGAUUUUUAUCUUGCGGAACUGAUAUACCAGACAAGUGAAUAUCAUCCUUGUCUAACGAUUCAGCACUUAAAAUAGAAGCAUUGUCAGUGUGAGCUAUAAGUGCCCUAAGCUCUCUCUGUCUCCUGGCAGCUACUUGCAUUAGUUGAAUCCUUUUUUUUUUGAGAGGCAAGUGGUAAUUUCUUAUGCAUUGUCUGUGCUGUUUCAACAUGACAUGUGAUGCAAAAUAGAUGUUACAGAUUUUGCAAAUCCGUCAAGCAGCGAUGUUAUUAUUGUUACUCACUUUACUUUCCCCUAAUUCUCAAAAUAUCAUAUUCCUAUUCUAUCAAUAGCAUUUAUCUUGACCGCACAUGACUCUUGAACCUUGUCCUUGUUCCAUACCUGCAACGUAACCGCGAACAUACCGCCCUAUUCAUUUGCAACAAAUAGGAUCUACAGGCGAAGAGAGGCCGACUUUUGACUUCUCUUGCAUUAACUAAAUGUGCUAACAAUCUGACCAAGAAUCAGCAGUGCACAGACAGACACAAAUCAAAUAAGUCUUAUAUUGUUAACUCUUUCCCGACGAUUGCGACUAAAUGCGUCCUUUGGGUGUUAUGACGGAUGGAUCCAAAUGCAUCCUGACGUAUAUCGACACACCUCUCUUAUUUCUAUUUCAAAAUAGUUAUGAAAUCUCGCAUCCCUCGAGACUUCCGGCGAUGGCGUGAUUCAGAGUGAUUUCAAUUUAAAAACCUGAAGUUUUUAUCUUGUUUCACUUUAAAACUAUGUUUGUUUUAGUACGGCCCGUCUAUUUGUAGCAUGUGUUGUGGCAUGAGGGUUUGCCUUUUAUAGCCGAUUUUUAGCAUAAUAAUAAAUUCUACAUCUGCCAAUUUCUUAAAGCCGACAUCUUGCUUGUUCUAUUGAGAAUUCAUUUGAUAUAUUUUUUCGAAGUCAAAGCUUUGAAAAUUGAAGUUGAAACAAGGUAAACUUCAGAUCAAUACCUUUUUUUAAAAAAAAGCGCUGAUUUAUAUAAAAAAAAAAGCUGAUUAAAUUUAUAGUUAUAAGGUCAUAUAUUAUGAUUUAUAACAUCCAAGGAAACAUGGAUAGUCUCUCUUAUAAAAUUUUAUUCAAAGUCUACUAGUAGUACUACUAGUACUAUGACUAUAGACUUAUAUUAGUACUAGUACAACUAAGCAGAGUGAGUCUACAGUCUACUAAUUAUUAUACUUUUAUUAGUAUUUUUUAUUGGAUCUGAUGGUUAAAGUAAAGGCAAACAAGCACACUAGUCUCAUGCACUUGCAGAGUGUGUUCAUUUGUAAUUUGAAUACAGUGUAUAUUAUUAUUUUUAAAUUUAAUUUAACAAAUAUUCAUUGUUUGUGCCUAUUUCAAAAUAAAAAAUUUCUAUAGAAUUCAAAUUAAAUUAUCAAAAUAGACUGACAUUAAGUUAAACCUUUUGACUGUCUGUUUAUUAAAGUCAUUUCUGAAGGGGAGAUAAAAAGUAAAUAAUUAAUAUGCUUAACUACAAUCACUGUUUAUACCUACAUAACUGAAUUUACAACACUUAAUAAAAGCUCUCAGGUUAUUUUUAGAAGAAAUUUAGCAGGUCAUAAAUAGAAGAUUGCUCUAAAGCUAAAAAAAUGUACAGGUAACUCUUGUUACUCUGCAUGAAUAGCCUAACUAACUAGUUAUCAUGACCUUAUGGCUAGGUAAAUAUAUAUAUUUUCAGGUAAAUGUAAAUAAAUAUUAGUUAAGAUGUCACAGAUCCCUCCAAGUCAAGCUGCUACCUCAAGUGCACCUGUCUCAUCAUUUCCAUUAUUACAAUCCACAAGUGAGUAAAUGUCUUUGCAAAUACAAUGUAUUGUUUAUAUAUAUAUAUAUAUAUUUAUAUAUAUAUAUAUAUAUAAAUUAUUUACAUUUUUGUGUGCACUUUGGUAAUGUAAAAAGAAUGCAGAUUUCUUUUAAAUACAUAAGUUUUUACAAUUUACAUGUUUCAAAGUUUCUAAAUUAAACAGACUAAAAAAUAUGAACAUGCGAAUAUUCCUAAAUAAAAAUAUUAUUAUUAUAUCUUUAGGACAUUGGUAUUGUACAUAUAAAAGUUUGAAUAAACGGUUAUUUCAGAUGAUGUUGUGAAGUUUCCAUGGCGACGUGAAUCAACUCAGGAUAUUGCUGCAAGUGGCAUCAAUCGAGAUGCCAAAUCCGGAGAGUUCAUUUUACAGAAUUUGUUCCUUGAGUUCUGUCGUGUAACAGAGAGAAGAAUUGAAUUUGUUUUGGCUGAACCUUUGGUAAGUGCUAUGUAAUUAUUAUUUAUUGACAAAUAACACAUUUUAAAUGUCAAUAUAGACUGAAAGAAAGAAUAAACUAACACAAAAAUUCCCAUAAACAAUAUGGGAUAAAUAUGAUUUUGCAAUAUCUAUAUACUUGUAUUUAUUGAGAUGCAAACUCAAAAUCAUUAACAAAGUGUUACUUGCUUACACAGGAAAAACCUUUAUCAAAAUCUUUGCAAAGAGGUGAAGAUCCUCAAUUUGAUCAGGUAUUUAUAGUAUUUUUUUUAUUUGACAAUAAUAUUUCCGUUGUACAUAUACAAAUAAAACAUUUUCUAAAAGAUAAAUAAAUAUGCUAUCAUAUUAUAUAAACAUGAUAAUAAUAUGCCUUUUAAAAAUUGUAGUUUGAGUACUUGAAAAUAAAACUUUUCAUUAUUUUCUUUAGUCUUGGCCACUCUAAGGUCAAGGUAAUGAUCACAGAUUAUAAAAUAGCAUUAACAAAAUAGCCAGUAUGAUUCCCCACUCAGUCUAAUUUCAAUAAAAACAUACUUUAGGGGAUCAAGCUAUUGUAUUUGCAUGGGAAAAAUCACCUUUUUCAUAGGCACCCAAAAUGCUCUAAUUUGCCUGCACAGUACAGAAUAGUAACCAGCGCAGUUCGUGGGUUAACUUAACAAAAAACAAAGAAACCUUUUGUUGUUUGUUAGUUUUAGCUCCUUUCUUCAUCUGGCAGUGAAUCAACAGAGAACUAGGAUUGGAUGGGGUUUCAUCCAUAAUUAUAUUAUGUACACACUGAGGGGGAGAGCUGGGGUGGUUUUGACAAAGGAGCUUAUGGGUGUGCAUGGGAAAGGGUAAGGGAUAGGUGUCUAAAUAUUUUUAAAGGCUAUAAAAUAAGAUUGCCACUUUUGCUCUGUGUUUUCACAUUGAACUAGUUAGAUACCACAACAUUAUAAUUUAGUGUACUUGCCCUACUGACAAAUUUAGUCAACAUUUGCUUUUUUUUCCUUUCGUGCUUUAUGACUUAAGUUUGUGACAUAAUUAUCUUUGUUCUUCUGCUGAACCGCCAUUGUGAAGAUGAAGAUAACUAUGGAUUUUUGCCAUUUUUAUCAAUACAUUCUCAACUGCUCCACAAAGCAGCAUUAGAUUUGACAAUUUUGAUAAGAUCAAGUAAGCGACAUUUGAAAUCUAUUUCAGAAGUCGCUAAGUAGCUGGACAAUUUUUAUACCCCAGUUUGUUUCAAGCACUCUUCUUCCCUUCUCCCAAUGCAGCUUGCUGGGGUUAUUAGACUAUACUAUGUAAAUUUAAAGUAAAAUCAUCUCCUAGGCUUAAUGCAGAGGGGCCAAUCAUGGUAAAUAACAUGACCUGUUGGAUAUAUCACAAAUGUACUUAUUUUUUCAUUCAAUUCGCCAUUAUUUUCAUUCUUGGCAUAAAUACGCGUUUGAAAUAUAUAUACGUUAAUUUUUUAUGAUGGUACACACCAUUUCAGUGAACCCGCCCCAUUUUUAGACAGAUUAAAGUAAAACAUUAUUGAAGUAAGUAAUCUCAAAUCUUCAUAAAAAUUAUAAAAUAAUUUUACUAUGCAAUAACUACUAAAAUAAAAAGGAUUUAUAUAAACACAGAUAGGUAGAGGGGAACCUAAUUUUCCACAAGUGUAGAUUUAAUGUAGAAAGAUGCAAAACUAUAUUUAUUAUUCACUCUGGUGAUUUUGGCGGGCGUCUUUCAAUUUCUGCCUCCCCACCCCAUCUUUGCCCUAUAAAAAGUGGGCAAACCUCUUUUAAGUGACCUUUUUAGACAUGCAGUGGCAAUAGUUAUUGCACUAUUAUAUUAUAAUUUCUUUACCAUUAAGUUGUGGUAUUGUAAGAUCUUGAGAGGGUGAAGUACUAAUCUGAAAUGAUAUUGUACAAUUUUGCGAGUUCUAAGGUAACGAGAUCUGCCAUUUGCCUUGUGGAUCCCACGUCAGUGCCUGCCUGGCGAUGUUUGAAGGCCAUUUGCUGUGUGUGCAUUCAAUCUACCUUCACUUCCUCUCUAUGAUGUCUGAUUCAAUUUGUUGGUCUUUCUGUUUCUAUUUUUGUCAAUUUUAUGUUUAAAAAUCUCCUGAAGCAUUAGUAAAGCUUUGCAUUGUUGUAGUCCUUUCCUUUUUGUGCUUUUCCAUGUUUCAUUGUCUUACAGUUGGAGAAAUUAUAUGUUGGAGGCAAGGAUUCUCAAUUUUGUUGUUUAAAUAAAAGAAAUGGAUAUUCAUGCCCUUUCUCACUAUGGCAAAAGUUCUCUUUCUUUCUAGAAGUGUUUUUGAUUUUCUCCUCUGUAACUUACACUGUAAUGAUGGUUCUGCCAAGGCCUGGAAAUAAAAAUAUUAAUCCUGAUAAUUUUGUUUCACCCAAUAAGUUUAUUAAAUAUGAGUUCAAAACAAAAUGUUAGCAUUUUUUUUUUUUUACAAAUUAGAACGACAACACAUUAUUAUUACUAUUCAAAAGUUAUUUGAUUAUUGCAGGUGUUGAGUGCACUUGGCAAUGUAGCAGAGCACUGUCUACCAUCCAUAUUAAAAACACUGUUUGCCUGGUAUCAGCGGCAGAUGAAAGAGGACAGCCCACUCCUUGACUCCAGACAAAGACACAGAAGCAAAGGGUAUUCUGAAUUAGUUUGCCCACUGUAGUUUCCUAAGCCCUGUCAAAACAAUUGGCUUGUUGUAAUGAGAUCAAAUAUUUGAAAGUAAAGAAAACUUAACAAAAACUAGUAGAAAACUUUUUAAAAUGUACAUUAAAUUUUCUGCAUCUCAUCCCCUAUGUGUGAUAGCUUAUCAUUAUAUGCUUUGCUACAAAAUAUUGUAAAUUUUUAGAAAUAAUUUACAAAAACAAUUGGUACUGAUAAAUUCAAAUGAAUCAUUUAUUAAGCUUUAACCUGUACACAUAGAGUCAGCUUUUUUCUCUUUUUUUUUGGUUUUGUUUCUAGGAGGGAUCUCAUAAAUACUUUUAUUUCUUUUUAUUACAGAAACAAAGACUAUCUUUGUGAAAGAAGGGAUGUAAGUAGAGUACUUAUAUUUUUUAAAGUAGUUUGCAUCAAAUAAUAUUUUUCAUUUGAUGUGUUGAUAUAAAAGAAAACAUUUAACCCUCAUAGUAAUAAAACCUUUGUAAAUUAGCAAAUAACUUAUUAAUUGAGGUUUAAGUGAUAUUUAAACAAUAAUUGUUAGGUUAAAAAAAAAUGAAGAUGAUGACAAAAUAAACCUUCAGAAUUUAUCUGCAGCUUGUUUGUCUCUGGUAACAUCAGAUUUGACAUGUUCCAUUCUUGCCUUAGUAAUGGUAAUUCAUGUAUGUAUGUUAAUGUAUAUUGUUUUAAUGCAAUUUCAUAUAUUUCAUUUUUCAGCUUGCACUUGAAUUUGUUUAUUGUCUUGUUCUUAUUGAAGUCUUGUCAAAGGUUAGUAUGCGAUAAAGUAAUAAAAAAAUUCAGUCUUUAAAUAAAGUGAUGCUUACUAAAUAUAUAUAUAUAUAUAUAUAUAUAUAUUUAUACAUAUGUGGUAAUUAAGCAUAUAAUUGUAAUUUUAUUUUUAUACUGAUACUUCCCCACAGCUUUCUUACCAUCCAGGACAUGAGGAUUUUGUUGGAUACUUAAUAGAUCAAUGCUUCAGACAUUUCAAAUACAGAGAUGGGUAAGCAAUUUAAAAAAAAUUUAAUAACGUAAUUUAAAAUAAUAAUAGAAUCAAAUAGAUUUUUUUAAUCUAGGAUAAUUCAAAAAUAAAAUUAAUCUUCUGGUAGGUAAAUGAUGAUGUCAUAUUUAUUAUUUCAUAUUUUCUUAAGCUCCAGUUUUAUGUGCUCUGCCUUCCAGGUUACAGUCUAACCCUAAUGCAUCCAACAUUAAUAUUAUUGCUGAUCUUUAUGCAGAGGUUAUUGGUGUACUGGCUAACUCCAGGUAUAAAGUCCUUUUGCUCUCAAAUGUGUAUAAAAUGUAUUUUUCUAUCUUUGCUCCAGAGUAUUUCAUUUUUAAAAUGGAAUUUAUAUAGAUUAAAAAAAAGUAAAUGGUAAAUCAUUAAAAUAUAAUCAAUUAUAAUAAAUUACUCUUCCUGUUUUUAAAAAAAAAAAACUUAAAAAAAACUAUAAAAAUAAUUUAUGCAUAAUUUUUAUUACAAUAUUGUAAAGAUUUUUGGCAGUGCGCAAAAAGUUCAUGAACGAGUUGAAAGAGCUGAAGCUGAGGGAUCCGACACCUUACACGGCACAGAGCAUCAUCAGUCUGUUGAUGGGACUCAAGUUUUUCAGGGUUAAGGUAAUAUUUUACUAACGCUUCCGCAGCUCUUUAUAAAUUUUAAUUAGUGAGAUUAUAUUUGGAAUUUCUUGUUGUUUAUUAAACAAUGCCAUCAUUUUGACUGCAUGUGAUAAAUAAUAACCAUAGAAAAGAUUUGUAGAAUAGUUGAGUGUAUUUAAACAUGAAAGUGUCUCCUUACACUCAACAGAUGCACCCCAUUGAAGAGUUUGAGCUGUGUGUACAGCUGUUACUAGAGUUGGGUCACUAUUUUCUGGAAGUAAAAGAUCGAGACAUCAAACAUGCUCUGGCUGGUCUUUUUGUGGAGAUUUUACUUCCAGUUGCUGCUGUAAGAAAUAUGACGUCUAAAUUUUAUACAUUUAUAUAUUUUUAUAUUUUUAUUUAUUUCAUUGAUAAAACAAUUUGACCCAUUCAAUACAUGAGCUUUUUUCUGUGAACCUAGUAAAAUUAAGAGACUAAAAUUCCAUUCAACCUGAAGAUGUUUCACUUAAAUUCCCAGCUUUCAAUUUAUCCAACCUUUGUCAUGUAGCAUAUCAGAAUUUAGCUACUUGUUCAAGAAAUACGUUUUUAUUAUAAAAUUGUGUUAAAAAAUUAAAGGAGAAAAACGUUAGGGAUCCUAUGACAGUAUUAUGUAAAAGUAACAAUAAAAAAAAUAAAAUUCUACUCACCAUCCCUUAAAUCAGGUAAGAAAAAUCCCAUCUAGAUAGUAUAAUUAUUUUUCAGCAAAUAAGCCUUAUUAUAUAUCCAAAGUAUGAGGAAAGUUUUGUUGCAAUAGCUCAAGAAAUAGCUAAGUUAUGAAUUUUUUGUCAACACAUGUCUUGAAUAAAUGCUCCAAAAGUUAAUAAUAAAAAUAACUAUACACAAAAUAUUGACACAUAUUUACAAAUUACUUAACAAAUUUGGCCAUAAUUUUGAGAGAAAGGACUUGAAGCAUCCUUUAGGAUGAAGGUGAGGUUUUGCAAUAAAAGUGUGUGUGUAUCCAUUUAGUAGCAGUAGAGCAAUAGGCACAAGAGCGGUCACGUUCUUCAUAAUCUAUGAUGUGUUGCGCUUCAUUUGUUCUUUCAAGGCAUCCUGUCUCUAAACCCUUUCCUGGUGUUCUUACCAUUGGGUCAAAUGCUACAUUCCCUGUUAGCUGAUGUAUCAACGUAAGGUUAUAGUCCUUCAGACUCAUUCUGUUUGGUCUGCUGCUUGGCUUAGUGAAAAAAAAAAAUGUAGGAAUUCAUAUGGGUGACUUCCAACAACAAGAAGAAAAUCUACCAUUUUAUAGUUUUUGGUUAAUAUUCACAGUAGUAUGUCCCCGUCUGAUCUAACUUAUCACAGUCAUUCAUUUUUUUAUUGUAAAUGUGAAUCAUUUCAGGUUUGUUAUUUGUCUUGGUUUUGGUAGUCUUUACCCUUGUAUCAGUUUGACACUAGUAUAAUAUUCUUUUUGGCCUUUAUAUCUCUGAAUACAACACAAAGCAUGCUUUUUUGUGUUGUUUAUAGUACCAUUUCAUUUCUUUGUGUUGUUAAGGUAAAGACUUUUUACCUUAGGCCUAAGCCUACUGUAACUGUAGAACUAGGUGCAAUUGGUGAACUAGGUGUGAUGCCAUAUUUUCCCCUUUCCUUUACCUUGGCAUAAUUUUGGUUUCUUUUUUGGCUGGAAGAAUAUAUUCCCCAUCAGUACUUUCACAUUGCAAUCUUUCAUCCAAAUCCUAUUCAUUGUUUUCAGUUGAGUCCAAUGAAUCAUCCAAGCUAAUAAAUUGGCUUGCUUCUUCGGCAGUUAGACGUCAAAAUCAUGAGCGAUCAGACCUAAUAUUAGUAUCAGUACAACUUGUUGGAGCCAUUGCAAUAAGCUGAUGUUUGUUUACAAUUUUUAAAACGUGGAAAAUCUAGCGAAAAAUACACUAAUCAUGGUAUAAUCUGCCAGAAAUUUCAAGCAAAGGAAGUUGAAACUCUUCUGAAUAAAAGUUUAAAAAGCUAUAAAUAAAAUAGUUAAAUGCAAACGUUAAAACACUAAGGGCAUGAAACAAACCAGUGAUGACACACUCUAUGGCUCAACAUAUUCAGCCAAAAGCAGGGUGACACACACAGCGGCGAAAUGUCCAGAACAGGUUAAUUUAAUCAGCCAAAUCAUUGUACAAAAUUUGUUUCCCAUAAAGUUUCAAAUAAUUCUAAUUUGAUACAUUGGCCUAAAUUUGUAUCCAUUACCUGUACAAUAAUUAUUGUUUUUUUCUGUGUGUGUAAAUAGACUGUGAAGAAUGAAGUGAAUAUUCCAGUUUUAAAAAAGUUGGCUGAGGAUUUAUAUUCUGUUACUGUUGACAUGGCAACAAAAAGGAAACACACCCUUGUAAGUUGUUUGAUUGUUGACACUGUUAAAUUAUUUAAAAAAAUAUAUAUUUCAUCUUAAUAAAUACUUAAAAUUAUGGCUAUUAAAGUUUCAAAAAGAAAAUAUUUUAAAUAAAAAAAGGUAAUUAUUAAAAUGUUGAAUCAAUCUGCAUUGAUAGUAUUUUAAGAACACGAAGGUUUUGAUAUUAAUAACUUAUUUAUAUUUUAAGCAAACUCUUCAUUUGUUUGUCUCUUUUGUAAUCUUCCAGCACCUAUUCCCACUUGUUACAUGCCUGCUGUGUGUUAGUCAAAAACAGUUUUUCCUCAACAACUGGCACUAUUUCCUGUCAAUGUGCCUGUCACAGCUGAAAAACAGGGAUGUCAAAAUGUCCCGUGUUGCCCUCGAGUCUCUCUACAGGUUGCUCUGGUAAAUAUCUUUAUGAUUCUGUAUCAGAAACAAUUCUUGUGUGAUGUUAUUUUUCUAUGAAAUUGAUCAAAGCAGCAGUUUUUUUUAUAUUUGGUGACUUUGUAGCAGCAACUAGUUUGUGGUAAAUUUAUAAAGUAAAAAUGGUUUAGAAAUCUCACCCCGCCUCAUUUUUUAAUAUCAAUUAUGUAAAUAAAAUUAAUGUGGUUUUUGUUAAGAAAUAGAGAAACUGAUGAAAUUUGAUAUUUUGCUUAAUUGCAUAUUUUUAGUUUAUUGUUAAUGUGUUCCAUAUUUCAGUCAAACAUUUAAAAGUUCUGUUUUUUCAUAUCUGUAGGGUGUACAUGGUUCGCAUUAAGUGUGAGAGUAACACUGCAACCCAGAGCAGACUGCAGAGCAUCGUUAACAGCCUCUUUCCCAAAGGCUCUAAACUGGUCACUCCCAAAGAUAUGCCUUUGAACAUCUUUGUCAAAAUCAUACAGUUUAUUGCCAAAGUAAGACAACUGGCGGGCCAAAUAUCUUUCCGUUCAUCUUAAAAACCUUUUAAAUGUUAUUGAGUUUUCCUUGUUAUUUUUCUAUUCUGUAAAUAGUUUAUGAUCCCAAUCAAUUUCUUAAUAUUUUUCUUUAUUUCACAGGAAAGGUUGGAUUUUGCAGUGAAAGAUAUCAUUUUUGAUCUCUUAUGUGUAGGGCGAAACAAUAAAUUUUUGACACCAGAGGUAUUUUUUGAAUGUAUAAAAUUAUACUCACUUCAUUUAAAAGAGAUAUUCUUAUUUCUCAUGGUCUUGUGUUUAAAAAGGCUUUAAAAUACUUUAAAACAAUAUUACAAUUGAUUUUAAAGUAUUAGUUUCUGAAAAUAUCAAAAGUUAUUCAUCAGCCUGCUAACUUAUUGGCUAAUUAAAAAGACUUUUAAAUAAAAUGGAUGUGCUCUUCUCAGAAUUUCAAAUCACUAUUAUUUUCUUUCCACAGCGUAUGAGCAUUGGCCUUCGUGCCUUCCUUGUCAUUGCUGACAGUCUUCAACAGAAAGAUGGAGAUCCUCCCAUGCCUCAGUCCACAUCUUCUUUACCAUCUGGGAGCACUGUAAGCACAAUUUAAUCCCUUUAAAAUCACUUUUUAAAGAAAUCUUUUUAAAUCGCAUAAUUUUUAUAUUAUUUUAUAAAUUAAAAAUUUUUAAAUAUAAACAUCCAGAAUAAUUUAUGUUUGAUGAUACUUGAUGUUACGGACCAGGAAGCAAGUUAUUUUUCCAAAAAUAGAUAACUAGUCAAAUUUGAAUGACGGGUAAUCAAAUCUAAAGUUGGUGGCUAUUUCUUAGACGUUUUGUUAUAUGCAUGUCAGUUACAAUCAAAGUGGCUUUAGUGCUCAAUUCAUGGACCACACCACUGCAUGCUACAGGAUUUUAAAUGUACAUGACCAACUCGCUGUCCUUAAAUGUGAUUAAGCUAAGGGGGUCUUCUACAAUUUGAGUUGAGGUUAGUUUCAAUAUUCCCUUAUGCUUGAAGCUUUCGAGCUUGUAGUCAAAGAUCAGCUUAAAUAAACAGAAUUUAUGUUUUUAUGGAGGCCAAAUUUUUUAAAGAAAUGAUGCUAGCAACUGUGGUAAGAAUUUAUUAAUUCAAAAUUCUUUUUCCUUUAGGUGAGAGUGAAGAAAACUUUCCUCAACAAAAUGCUAUCAGACACCACAGCGAAAUCAAUUGGUCUGGCUCCCUACUACCCUUAUAUACUGAAAACAUUUGACUCUAUUUUGAGAGCUCUUGAUCUUCAAGUUGGCAGAUCGCUCUUAAUGACCAAAUCAGAAAAUGCCAACAAAGAACCGGAGGAAAUGAUUACGUAGGUUAAUCCCCAUCCAAUAUGUGACACCUCAUAUUUUAAUUUAACCUGCUUAUUUCUUUUUAAUUUCCCCACACAUUAUUAUUAUGUUAACCCUAUAACUUUCAUAAUGGUCGAUCAUCUGCCAUUAAACCCCUUUCUGCUAGCAAAAUUGUCAUUAAAUAUGCAAAUGGUUAAAUAUAUAUUGGUUAAGGGGAAAUAAUUCUAUAUAAAUUAUUUUACUUCCUAUUUCCGAUUCUAUCUGUGUUAACAAAAUUUGAUCAGGGAUUUUUUUUUGGUCAAUUUGCUAAAAAAAUAUUAAUGUCUGAUGCUGUAGAGGAUGCCCUAUAGAUUGCAAAAUCAACACAGAAAUAAUAAUUUCAGAGAUAUUCCACGUGCUAGUAAUGACAGUCUUAGCUCUAUCAGUGAUGUUGACAUAUGAGACCGAUAAUGACAAUUUUAGCAUUAAGCUUAGUCAUAUUCCUUUGGGAAAGAGUGGAAAAGACAAAAAUUGGAUUACAAAUAUCUACCCUAAAGAGAUUAAAGACAUUUUUGUUUGUGUAUGUUCUGGAAUAUUAUUUAAUAAAGAAUAGACUUAAUAAGUUCAUAUCAAACGGAAUCUUUGAACUCAUUUUGUGUCUUCCCCCUUGUAUUUUGUAAGACAGAAAGUUGAAGGUGGUGAAUGAAAAAAAUUCAACAACAAUUAAAAUUUUUUAAUAUAAGUACCCAUAACUUGAAAUUUUUUGAAAGAAUAUUGCUUCUAGUAUAUACAAAAACUUGAUGUUAUGAAAGGUUGAACAAUUUAUGUGGUAUUAGGUUGGGUUGAAAUGAAAAGUUGAGUAGUAAAAUUUUACGCACUCUGUAAAGGUCAAACUCAGCAUACGUAACAUAAAAAAAUUCCAUAAGAUACCUUGUUCAAUUUACUGUCAGAAAUUAUAUACUUGUAAGGGUCUCUGAAUUCAAUUGGUUUGGGAUUUUGUCAUUUUUGACAAGCAUAUGAAAAUAUUAAAAAUGGCUUGACACUAAAGAAAAAUGCACUUGACAUAGAUACAGAAGUUUAAGUAAAUUUAAAGCUAUAAGUGUAUUAAUUUUUGUGUUGAAUCAACAAAGUGAUAGAUGAAUAAUCAAAUUUUGGAAGGUGACAUUUUUUAUGUCAUUGCUGUGACAUGUAAUGUAACAAUUUGCAAUUUUUCAGUUUUAAAUAAAAUAAAAAUUCUUUACAGAUUAUACCUAAAUGUCUUGUCUAUUUAUCCCAUCCCCCAUCACAGAGGAGACAGAAAACCUAAGCUGGACUUAUUCCGUACUUGUAUCGCCGCUAUUCCCCGCCUCAUUCCAGAUGGCAUGACACCUCCAGAGCUUGUGGAACUCAUAACAAGACUCACUGUGCAUGUGGAUGAGGAAUUGAAAGGGUGAGCAAUUCUCUUCAAAAUAGAAAUAGCAUCCUUAACCUUUCCAGCACCUGGCGCGUCUUUUUGAUGUGACCUUCUUUUUCCCUGUGACCUAAGAGCGUCGUUUUCCACCAACCAAAUUUUUUCUCUGUGGCCCAAACGCGUCUAUUUGCCACAUGUUGGGAUUAGAUGAUUCUGAUGCUGAUGAGGAGGAGGGCGAUGAAAUUGCUGAAGGAAAUAGGCCUACUAUGGCUCAAAAUUUGGGCCUACAGGAGCCUAUAGGUUUGACAGGUCUUAGACCUAGUGCCAACGUAGAUAUAGAUGAAGAUUGACUGGAGUAAGAGCGGCUGGGCACUGUGCUGGCCACACAAUUCCUUAGUGCGCCAUUGCCAAUACAAAACACAUUAGUAUUUUUAACGUCCUUAUCCAUUUCUGAACAGAUAAUUCUUUUCAUGUUAUUAUCAAUUGUUUAAAAUAAAAAAGUUACAAAAUAAUUUGCAACCGUAUCACAUUUUGGCUCAUUCCAAAAUAAUGUCUAGGCCACAGGGAAUAGUUAGCAAAAUAAUAGCAGGUACUGAGGCUAUACAUAGCAAAAAAGUAGGUCAGUGCUAGAAGGGUUAACAUAAGGCCAUUAAUUCAAAAAAUUGGGUCAUUCUUUUUAUGAAUCUAUACUCCAAGCCCACCCUUGCCUGGCAUGUUUUUAUAGACCUAUCAGUUGCUCCUUUAGGAUCAGUGCUGUUCAAGUUUGGUACAGAAGAACUAAUCUGAAACUUAUUUCUAUCAGAUGUAACAACUCUCUCUCUCUCUCUCUCUCUCUCUUUCUUUCUCUCUCUCUUUCUUUCUCUCUCUCUCUCUCUCUCUCAAUAAGGUGGCAUGGUCCUGAAUUUUUUAUUAGUCUAUUCUCCAAGCCCACCUUGCCUGGCAUGUUUUGUAAUAGACCUAUCAGUUGUUCCUUUAGGAUCACUACUGUUCAAGUUUGGUACAGAAGAACUUAUCUGAAACUUAAUUCUAACAAAUAUAACAACUAGCUCUGGAAUCUCUUCUGCAUCUCUGUGAAAAAAUCAUAAACUCAAUGAUGUUUGCUAAAAUAAAUUAAUAUAAAAAAGAUUAAAGUGAAGCUAUAGCCUUAUUUAUAACUUAUCAUUCACUUUAGAAAGAAAAUUAUAAUUUAUAUAAAUUCAAUCACUAACAGGAUAACUUAUAAUUUAAUUAUAUAGUUAAAUAGCUAUAACUUGCCUGAACUAAAAAUGUAAUAAAUUUUUAAAAAUCUGUCAUCAGGUUAGCCUUCCAGGCCCUACAGAAUCUGAUGUCUGAAUCUCCAGUAUGGAGAGAACAUGUUAUUCAUGGUAAGUAGUUCAAACCGUCUACACUUAGCUGUUGCACAUCAAAAUAAAACAAUGUACAGUGUGAGCUUCUAUUUAUUUGGGUAUUUUAAAAAAAAUUUUUGAUGUCUAUGGGCAACUUUCUUAUCUGCGCGUGCCAGCUUUUUGUCUUUGUUACCUAAGAUAAGGAACUUUGAUAACUACAAGCUAUUUUAAUAUGAUAGCUGUUGUAACCACUUCUAGUUUUCCCUUCUACUGCUGUAACCAUUUGUUUAAACCACUUCUAGUUUUCCCUUCUACUGCUGUAACCAUUUGUUUAAACCAGUUCUAGUUUUCCCUUCUACUGCUGUAACCAUUUGCUUAAACCAGUGCUUGAUUUUCCUUGUAUAAUAAUAAUAAUAAUAAAGUUCAUUUCAAAAACACGCUUCAUCCCCAAAGGCUCGAAGCGCGGUACAAAGUCAACAAAAAACAAAUCUAUAAUUCACCACAUUUAAAACAAACGCAACUCUACAAAAACUAAUUACAAGCAUACAAUGUCAAAGUCUUUCUAGCCAUUUCAACCAUAAGCAACACAGCCAUUAUGCAUUAACUGGAAAAUAAGGUAGACAAUCAUCCCAGAAGGUGUUUGCGAAAUAGAUGUGUCUUUAAAUCGGUUUUAAAGGACUCCAGUGUCUGGUUAUUUCUGAGAUCGACAGGAAGGGUGUUCCAAAUUGUUGGACCAGCAAAUGCGAAAGUGCGCUUUCCGUAAGUCUCAAGGCAAACACGUGGUGUCAAGAGUUUGCCACUAUCGGAUGAGCGGAGCUCUCUAGUGGGUACAUAAGGCGUCAGCAGCUCUUUCAGAUAGGACGGCACCAGGACAUGUAAGCAGCUGUAGCACAAAGUUGCGAUUUUGUACUCUAUGCGAGUACGCACCGGCAACCAGUGCAACUCUCUCAGAAGUGUUUUUGCAUGGUCGAACUUGCGUUUGCUGAGAACAAUGCGAGCCGCAUUAUUCUGUGCUAUUUGAAUUUUAUCCAGGAGCGUAGCUGGAAGAUCCACCAUGAGAGCAUUGCAAUAGUCCAUGCGUGAUAGCACAAAUGCAGACAUCAGCCUCUUUGUUGCAUCAAUUGUUAGGAAGGGCCUGAUGUGACUAGUCCUGCGCAGCUCCAGAAAAAUCGCCUUGCAUAGCAUGUUAAUAUGACUUUCAAAAGUUAGUCUUCUAUCUAGGUAGACACCCAGGUACCGCACUGUUUGAGCUAACUCAAUACGCACACCUGAGAGAGUAAUGGAUGUCAUGUUAUUUGCAGAUUUUUGCUUCUGACCAAACCAGUUCUAGUUUUCCCUUGUACUGUUGUAACCAUUUGCUUAAACCAGUACUUGAUUUCCCUUGUACUGCUGUAACCAUUUGUUUAAACUAGUGCUUGAUUUCCCUUGUACUGUUGUAAUCAUUUGCUUACACCAGUGCUUGAUUUCCCUUGUACUGUUGUAACCAUUUGUUUAAACCAGUGCUUGAUUUCCCUUGUACUGCUGUAAUCAUUUGCUUACACCAGUGCUUGAUUUCCCUUGUACUGUUGUAACCAUUUGUUUAAACCAGUGCUUGAUUUCCCUUGUACUGCUGUAAUCAUUUGCUUACACCAGUGCUUGAUUUCCCUUGUACUGUUGUAACCAUUUGUUUAAACCAGUGCUUGAUUUCCCUUGUACUGCUGUAAUCAUUUGCUUACACCAGUGCUUGAUUUCCCUUGUACUGUUGUAACCAUUUGUUUAAACCAGUGCUUGAUUUCCCUUGUACUGCUGUAAUCAUUUGCUUACACCAGUGCUUGAUUUCCCUUGUACUGCUGUAAUCAUUUGCUUACACCAGUGCUUGAUUUCCAUUGUACUGUUGUAACCAUUUGUUUAAACCAGUGCUUGAUAUCCCUUGUACUGCUGUAACCAUUUGCUUAAACAAAUGCUUGUGUUCCCUUCUACCUCAGGCUUUGUUCAGUUUAUUCAGAAAGAUAUCAGUGACACCAAACCAGGACUUUUAGACAGUACACUUAGGCUUUUGUCACAAUUGAUGGUACAGUGGAGGUCCACCAUGAUGAUGGCUGGAGCCAACCAGCAGGCCGUGAAGGUAACACUGAGUCCUCUUAGUUUGAUUACAAAUAGAUACAUUAGUUUCAAACACAGUGCAAUAAAGAGCUGAUUCCAUUUUGUCUGUGCCGUUGCAAAUUUUACCUAUCUAAUUAUAAGACUUUUGUCACAACUAAUGAAUGGUACAGUGGAAAUCGACCAUGACGAUAAGGGCUGGAGCCAACCAACAGGCUCUGAAUGUAGCAAUCAAGUCCUGUUAGUUUGCAUAGACUUAGAUUUGUGUGUUUAAACACGGUGCAAUAGAGAGCUGAUUCCAUUUGGUCAUUACCAUUAUAAGAUUAUUAUAAGAGGAUUGGACUGUGAUAAAGAGUUUUAGCAUAUUAAUGAUCAACCUAUAUUGUUUUAUUGACACAAACUCUUUGUGUCUCAUUAAUCAAGUUUUGAUUAUUAACUUUGGCAUUAAACCUUGGGACAUAGCAUCACCUUUGUUGAGCAGUGAAAAAUCCACUAAAUCAUGAAAGUAUGUGAUUUUUGUGCCACUAGUUUGUUCCAGCUGAUGUUGAUUCCUGUUUUGUGUGUGUUUCUCAGGAUCCUGCUCAUGCACACCCUAAUGUAGAUGUGUUACAUGAAGUUGAGGGUCUGUGUCUGGUUAUGAUGUGUAGCUGUCGUGUUGUUACCAGAAGACUUGCUCUGCAUCUGCUGAAAGAAGUCAGAAAUAUUUUCAACAUGUACCCAGAUGAUCAGGUAUAUCGCGUUUAGCUGCUUGGCUCAAGAAAUUUUUUGCGCUCUUGUAACAAAUUUAUUUGUCGGCGAAAUAUCCAGUUCAAUUACAAACUUGUCAAGAUUAGAAAUUGAUUCAUGAAAACAUUCUUGUCAUCCUUUUCAUUUUUUUAUCUGCUCCCUCCUUCCCGAAGGGGUAAUAAGGGGAGAGACUGCAAUCAGGUUAGUACAAAAUAAAAUGAGUAAAACAGAGUAGGGUUAAACCUGAAAAAAUAAAUGCAACAAAACAGCGAAUGUGUCGGCAGAAAGUCUUCGUCAGGGAACAAAACAACAGAAAAAACUGUAUAAAAAUAAAAAUAAGAAAUAGCACUUAGCUGGUAAGUAGUAUCUGCCCGAAGGCAAGACUACCGAACAACAUUUUUCUUUUGCAUUGCUUCAGAUUAAUGUUAGCAGUUUGUUGGAAGUGAUCGACAAGUCCUGCCCGGCUGUGUUGGAAAAAUUGAUGCCCUUGUUACCACCAUCAGAAAAAGUAUUUUCAUUGUUUUGUUCACCAACAUUUUAAAAACAGUUUUUGUAUCAUUCUAAAUCUUUAAGCCGGUAACUUUCUGUUUAAUUCCUAUCGAGUUAUCAAUUAAAAAAAACCCAACCACUUCAAUUCAAAUUCUUCUUCAUUAUCCUGACAAGCCAAGUUGAUUUGUUUGAUCCCACUUUCAUUGCCAUAUUUUGAAUAGCCUGUUUUUUUUUCUCCGUAAAAUUCUAUAACUGAAAACAAUAGUCAUCUUGAAGAUAUUUUGAGAAACUAGUUAAUGUUUACCUACUUUUGUUUGAUAAUAAAUUUUCUUCAAAGAAUACCAUUGAUAUAUAUAUUUCCUUGUCCAGCCUAUUCUGUUAACCCUGCCAACUAUUGACCUGGCUUGGGUUGUGGACAGGGCCGUGACCCUCUGGCUGCCAGCAGGCGGCGGCAGCAUGCAGGAUGGCAACCAGAUCAAUUACAGCUUCCACAGAGUGGACAUGUGGAUUCGCUGUGUUGCGGAGUUCGCUUCCAGGGAGCACGCUCAGCACUCAUGCCCGCACGCAGUGGGCCAUGCUUGGCCAAUAGUCUUCACAAGACUCAAUGCCCUGUUUCCUUUGGUGGAUCCCAGGUGAUUUACCCUGAAACAUAAUCUUCUGUCAACACAUGGAUUGAAUAAACUUUUUAAAAAUAACAGAUGGUUAUUUUGUUGACAGUAGGACUAUUAUAUAAUUUAAAAUAGAUUUAUUAAUUAUUAUUUCUAUAAAAAAAUCAUAACCACAAGUUUUUAAAAUAAUUUUUGUUACAAAUUCCAAGUCUUCAUCCUCAGUUCAUUUUAAAAUUGAUACAGAACUACUUUUAUUUGGGCUUCAGUGAGAAUGUAAGGGGGUUACAAUUAUUUUUUUUCUCUGACAGUGCUCAGGCUGAACCAACAAGAGCCUCCUCCAUCCUACGUUCCAGCAAGAAAGGCACUUCAGAGAAAGAUGUCCACAUGCAGCUGUGGCAGAAUUAUGUCAUCCUCGCCUGUACCAUAGCAAUGCACAGCGCCGGGCUUCCCCAGAGGUGUUCUUCUCCAGAACUGGGGUCAGUCUUUUAUUGAAAUUGAAGACCAGGAAAUUAUUUCUACCACCAUAAAUGUUUCAGUAAUUAAGAUGUUGAGCAAUUAUUUACAGAGAGGAAAGAGGCCACAGUAAAAUAUUGUUUUGCUUAUCAAACAUGUUUUUUGUUACUUCUUUGCUUCUGUACAAUUUAAUUCUGUUUGGCCCUUGCCACCAACAGUGUGGCAUCAUCACCAGAAUCCACUUCAGACAAGUCUCCCACAGUUCAAGCCUGCACCGCUACCGGCUUGUUCCAGCGCCUGGUCCCCUUGAUGAGGUGUGACAGCUCUGACUUGAGAGACACUAUUGUCAAUGGCCUAGGAUAUUGUAAUCCAGCUGUUUUCAAGCAAGUUUCUAAUGAUUUUAAAAAAAAUAUUUAUUGUCAUGUUGUUUUAGAUCCUUAAUUUUAGAUACAGUAUCAUUAAAAUUUAAGUUGAUAGAAUUGUUAAAAAAUUAGAAGCCCUAAAGGUUUAAAAUUAAAUAGUUAUUUCAUUGAUUUAAAUGUAAGAUUUACCUUGCUCUAUUUUGAUGCUGAUGAAAAAAGCAGUCAUUCUGUGAAGUUAGUAGUUUAUGUUUUGCCAAGUAGGUGUGUAUUUUAAUGUGAUGUGGGUAAGGUGAUCCAUUAUCUUACAUGAAAAUAAAUUUAAUGAGCUGUUGCAAAAAAAACUCAUUUCAGCAUGAGUGUGCAUUGAAACCAGUUUAAAGUAUUCAUAUGAAUAAAACAGUACAGAAAUGUGUCAUUCUCCUAAUUUGAUAUGAUGUGUUUUAUAGAGAACUGGCAGAGGAGCUGCUUCCUUUCCUAAAAGAAGCUAUUGACAAGAAACAAGACAACUUAAGGAGGAGGAGAAAGCGAGACAUUCUCAGGGUUCAACUUGCUCACAUUUUUGAGCUCAUGGCGGAAAACAAGGCAUUUGCCCAGAAGUACGCAACGAGAGCAUUUGUUAUCGUGUUUAUUCCAAGAGAGAUGUUAUAUUCAGAGUUAUGUUUUAUUUAAUUUCAUGCAUUGGCUUGUCUAGUAUGGUAAUGUAUGUUUUGAAAGUUAUAAAGACCAGCUCCAAAUAAGUUAUUUAAAGUAUGAUCCAUCCAUACAUUACUGGAUCUAUAGGUCAUACCCGUUUCAUUUAAUGUUAACUUGAUUUACAAUACAGCCUCUGUCCCUUUUUACUUCUUCAGUGAGUCAGGAAUCAUUGACACUGAUACAGGCUCUCUUACGUCCAUGUUUGUUGACUAUAUUGAUGGAGCUCGUCAGUAUUUGGAGGGUGAAAAUGACAGGGAUUUACCCAUCUUGCAAGAAAUAAGAUUACAUUUCAGUGGGUUUAUCCAACAUCUGAUUUGCAAUACCCCAAGUAAGACAGUUUUUAACAAAAUAGCUACUGAGCUGUAGAGCUUUGCUUUGUGAGAUUUUCUUAAUCUUUUAAAAAUGAUUGUGUAAAUAUAAAUUUGAUUUUGUUUAAUAGAUUUUGAAUUUCAAGAUACGUUGAAAAAUGUUUUUAAACAAAAUCUUAUACUAAGUCAUAAUUUGCUUUAGGUUCAAUGUAUCUGAAAAAUUAAAAUGAGUUUUCCUAAAACUGAUUAUGUGAAUUGAUUAAAAACAUUAAAAACUCCCUCUCAUCAGUGGACUACCGAAAGAACUUGCUGUCUAGAGAUCUACGUUACAGUCUUUUUCACCUGUUUGCCAAUUGGAGUGGUCACUUUAAUCCAACCUUCGGGCCAGGGGAUAAAAGGUAAUAGCUCUUUUUUUUAACAUAAAUAAGGCACAUGACCUCUACUUAUCAAAUAAUAAUGAUGUAAAGAUGAAAUGAAGAUUUAAAUACAUUUUUAAAAAGAGCAGGACCGAGGAACUUAAUAAUAAAAAAGAAUCUUACUGUCAUUGUAAAGGCACAACAAAGAAGAGUCAUGGAAUGAACAGGAGAUCUCAGCUGUUCGUGCCAUGUCUGCUGUGCUGUGCUGUGGGAAGGUGUUUGACCCCAGUGGCUUGAAUGAUGAUGGAUACAUUUACCACUGGCUUGACACUCUCUUAAGUUCUCAAGAUGAAAAGGUGAGUCAAGUCUUACUUUUAACAUGACAUCAGAAUCUCAUGAACAUGACUGUGCUGCAAGAAUCAUAGUAUCUUUUCUUUUUGUUAUAUUCUAAGUGCUACUUGAUUCUGAGCUUUCGUUUUAUCAAAUUAAACAUUUUUUAAAAUCCUUAUUUUUUUGGCACUGUUCAUUCCUUUUCCACUUUCUCAUAAAAAUGAAAAACGAUCUGACUUUUGCAUCAUCAUUCCCCCAAAUCAUUUGUUGCAUAUAAACGUUUUCAUUCUCUUCAAUGGUUCAAGCCUAAUUUUUGCAUUCAUUAAAAAAGUAACAUUAGAUCAGCAUCACAUGAUAUGGAACCUCAAUUCACACUAUACUAAAGAAGUAAUUCAUUUAUUCAUCAUUGUACAGCUGAAAUUCUCAUAACAUCUGUUUUCAUAAAAAUAUGUGUUUUCCUCUCAAGUGCACAGUUGUGCAAAUCUGUUAGUGACUUACCACAUAGCCAUUAAAUAUAUUUUUAAACACAUGCUCUUCUCUGAUGCAAACUAGAUGAAAUCAAAGGUAAGCGGGCAUGCAAGCUGAAUUUACAUUUUGGCAAUGCUAAAAAAAAAAGAAAAGUUUUUUCUUCUUGUUUUGUUUUCUUCAUCAGGCAAAUCCAGUCUGAUGAUGGUUUAUAUUCUUAACUUGUUUCAUGUUUGCUGCCUGGCCGAUUAAACAAAAAUACUCCUUUUAUUUUUUAUUUUUACUGAUUGGUUCCCUUUUCUCUAUGUAACUUAAUUUAAGGACUCAUCAACUGAUUGGCUUUUAAAUAUCUCACUAUAAAAAAUAUUUCAAAAUAUUCAUUUAGAUUUGUUAUAUUUUCUUCUGUUUUAUUACCCACUAGUUAUAUAUUUAAGUACAGGGGCAGUGUCAAUUUAUUAUAUGUAUGUGAUAUGAAGGAAAAAAUAUAUAUUUAAAAAAAAAAAAUGGAAAUUAGAUGCACCUUUUGCUUUCAAACUUUUAAUGCUACUUUCACUUAUAUAUUCCUGAUAAAUAUAUUCACAUAUUUCAUAAUUAAAAAAAAAAGCACUUGUACUAGUUGUAACCAUUUCAUAAACCCGAUUUUAUUAUGCGUUCACAAAAAUAAAAAAUUUGCAUUUCAUAUCAGCUCACAAAAGUGUAUGCUCUACAUUUUAUCCUGUAGGGAAUUAAAGAAGCUCACUCUCAAACAACUAUGAGCACAGAUAGAACUAUGCAGUAUAAAUGAUAUGUAAUGUUUAAAGUAAUUAAUUUAGAGUUCAUGGGAGGUUCAAUUUUGCUGAAAUUACUGAGACAAACAGUCACUGUUUUCAAAUGAUUCCUACUUUAAAAUAUGCAUAGUUUGUUCCUCUUCCAUUUCAUAAGCAUGUCCAGCUUAUGCCUUGCAAAAAGAAGUUAAAAAAAUAUAACUUUCCCAGUUUUAUAAAUAAUGAUGGGAGUUAAUUGUUGCAAGGCUCAGCUUGUAAUUUAUUUACAAAAUGCAUGGGAUUAAAUGAAACCAUAUCUGCCAUCUACAGUGAUCUCUGGGUUAUGAUACUGAUCAUUUAGGUUCACAAUUACAUUAACUGAAAAGAAGUGAAUACUUCCACAGUUCUGCGUAUGAACAGGUUUUUAUUUCUUUUUUUAUUCAUUAUUCACAUUAGUUUGUUUUUGUCGCUACCAUACAUACAUUUUUGUUAAAGAAGUCGACAAAGAAAUUGAAUCCCUUGAAGAAAAAAAAGGAUGUGGUUUCAAUAUUAGAAAUAUUCCAUCUCAAUGUUCUACCUCCUUCCCUGAAUGUCCAACACAAAAAAAGCAAUGUUUGUUGUUAGUUACUAAGUUAGAGUCACCUAUUAAAUGGAUUUUGUCAGUGGAGUGAAAUCAUGUAGAAUUAAAAAAACAAGUUAAGUUAUUGUCCAAUUGAAAAUGAAAAAAAGCUAAUUUCAGUGACAAGGCCAGAUGGUUAUGUUUGAAUGUUGAAAUGAAAAUUAAUUUCUAGAAAUUAUUUUAAAAUCUUUAAAUUCAAUAUGUGGUUGAUUUUUAGGUAAGUACAAAGUGCUGCUUUAAAAAACUGCCACACUGAUUUUAAAAACCUGUAUUUAAGGAUAAUAAUGGCUAUUAAUAGGUAAAAUAAAUUAAAUUCUCGUAUAAGACCUAAUUUACUUUAAAAAAACCAAUGUUAAUUACAGAUAUAAAACUUUUGUAUCUGAAAUAAUAUUUAUUGAAAUGCUAAUGUAGCACAAUGAAUCAUAAAGAAUUAACCAGUCUAGAAUAACAAGAUUAAGAGAAAAAAAAAAAAAAAAAUUCGGCAUAGUAUUUUAAAAACAUAAACCAUUUCUUAAUAUCAAUUAAAUAGAGAUAAUUGAAAUGCUAAAGUAGCACAAUGAAUAAAAAAAAAUUAACCAAUCUAGAAUAACAAAAAUAAAAAAAAAAAAAAAAAAAAAAUUCGGCAUAGUAUUUUAAAAACAUAAACCAUUUCUUAAUAUCAAUUAAAUAGAGAUAAAUUGUAUUCUUAUCUAGAUUUAAUUAUUUUUUUCUGAAGUUCUACUCAUUUAGUUAAGUAAAGGAGAAGUUCUAACCAAUACAUUGUAUUUAUUUUUUAACUCAAUGAAAUUUCUCCCCACUGACAUAUUUAAAAAAAUAAUAACCUUAAGAUUUUAUUAGUUAUUAGGGCAUUGCUGUGGAAACUGUUGUGAAAGAAAUUAGAGUAGGGAUGUUUGAUUUCAUUGACUUCUCUGUUGUGGUUAUUUCCUAUUGUGUUAGUGAGAAUUCUUGAUUAAUUUCAUAGUCAGACUUGGGAAGAAAAUAGAACCACAAUUAAUAUGGUGCACCAAGGGAAAGGAAGCACUAAUGGGACUAUCAAUAAUGUUAUGAAACCUUUUAUAUAUUGCAUAUAUUCCCCAGUAAAUAUGGAAAUAAAUAUAUAGCCUCUCCCUCUUAUCAUAAGCUUUACAAAUAAUUUUUUUUUUAGAAAACCAUCUUCCCCACACCCACCCCCCCCCAGAAAAACAACAUUAAAUCAAUAGUAAAAGAAUUAAAGACUAUAAAAUGAUACUCUUUAUUACCACUGGAAACAUGAAAAUAAUAUUAGGACAAUUAUAAUAUACCACAUUUAUGUGAAUAAAUUCAUAGUUAUUUCAACCUUCACCUUCUUUGCUUAAUGGAAAUAAAUUAAAUAUAAACACACUUUAAUUUUGUAUUUAUUCAUUACUUAAUUAUAAUUUUAUCUCAUGUGAAGAGCCACAAGAUAGCUGCCAUAAUGGUUGUACAAUACUGUAAAUAUUAUAAAACCAGAUGCCUCCCUUUGAAUAAAGGUUUAACAUAUCUUCUUCUAUGACGGGCUUAAUUAAAUCUUACACUAAUUUGUGCAAGUUCUGUGUUGUACUGAAAAACUCUUAAUUUUCUAUGCUCAAUCAGAUCUAUGAACUGGCCAAGGAAACUGUAUUUUUACUGCUGGACUUCAACUCAGAGACUCAAGGUCUCCUGGACUGGGUGAUUGACAGAUGCUAUACUGGACACAACGAGGUAGCUGAUGGGUGCUUUAAUGCCCUGGCAGCUGUUUUUCAAACUCGGUAACAACUCAACAUUAUUGUUUAAUUCAUUAUUAUUCAGAAAUCUUUUCAUUAAAUACCUGCUAAACAAAUUUACCUCGUACACACCAGUGACUUUGGUGUGAAACUUUAUCUAGAUAAUCUUUGGACUAAUGAAAUAAAUUCAUGAUUUAAAAUUUUUUUUGUAAUGUUAAAAGAAUAACCCUGGAAUUAUAAGAAAAUUUGAACAUUGGAAAUUAAAACACAUGCAUUUACUACUUCCAGAGAAUACCCUUGUGACCAUGUUGCCAUGCUAAAUUUGGCUGUGCUAAAUGUUGGUAGUCCAAGAAUGUCAACUCAUGAAACAGCUAUUCAGCUGUUACAUCUGCUAGACCUCAGGUAAUUAACUCAGUUUUUAAUAUUUUUGAAUGUAAAAAACUCAUUUUUGCAUAGAGAAAAUAUUAUUUGAUACAUUUUUUUUGUCUGCCAAUUUAAGUGUACUGAUAUAUGUCUUAAGUAUAGAUGGAAAAGCUCCAAUAUUAUAAAGUGAUUUAAAGAACAUUUAAUACUGUACCGGUAUGGAAGAAUUCGUAACAAUACAUGGAAAGAAAGACCACCAGUGACAUCUGUAGUGGUGGUGGGGUUAGGAAGCAUAUAAUUCAUAGCAGGAAAAACUGCUAACCCAUCAGAGAAACUUGGCAUUUGGACAAUAAAUAUGUAUUUAUUUUUGGGACAUCUGCUGAGUUAACAUGGAUGAUUGAGAACUGGAGAUCACAAUCAUAGGACGUGGUAGGGGUCGAUGUCAUUGGGAAGUCAAAAGUAUUUUGUUUUUUUAUAAAAUGUCCAUGAAGACACCAAGAGGAAAUUUGUAUGAGUAAUAGAACAAGCUAGAUCAGAUCACUGAAGACCAAAUGGAAAGAUAGCUGAGGGGCAGUUUUGAGAAUUUAGGGACAGUUGCAAUAACUUCAGGGAUCUAGGUGGGAGUAGAAAUUAGAUGCAAGCCAGGGUAAUUUUUUGUGGGUAUUCCUUUUUGAGAACUGAGGAAGAGAAAGAAACUGCAAGGAAUAAUACCCAUUGGAGAGAACAUGGGAUAUAUGAAAAAAGAUAGUUGAGUUAAGAAUUGCAUUAGAGAGCCAUGAAUUAAAUAGAGAAGCAAGCUAAAAUCAGUGUUGUCUUGAUUGCUUUAUGAUAACUGGUUUUCUAUAGAGUUUGUGCACACUUGCAUUAAAAAGAAGAUUCCCUUCAAUUCACAAGUCCAUCUCCCCUGGAUACAGAUAAAUUUGUAUCUACCAGCUACAUUUUCAAUAACUCAUACUUUGUAUGAUAAUUGUAAUAGUUGUAAAUCUAAGGCACUAAAGAUGUUUGCUUUAAUAAGAAGACUGUAAAGAUGAAUUAUUUUACAGAACAUCACUAACCUUACAAAUAACAGGAAUCAGCUUGAGAAAAGCAUCAUGAUUUUAACAGGCACUUUUGAAAAUCCUUUUCAGUUACUAACAUUUUAUUUGAAUCAGGUUUUUCCAAGAUUCUCCAGUGUUCAGAGAGGCAUCAGAAGAAUCCAGCCCCACAGUGGCAGCCCUCAAUGACACGUUACUUGCCGUCUCCUACUGCAACUCACAGAUUUUUAUCUCAGACCAACUUGCCAGGAUUCACACUGAUUUGACCAUGCCAAUGUUUUCAGGUACACUCAUUCACUGAAAAGUAAUAAUAAAUUUAAACAAUUUUUUUUUUUGAAGACAAAGUUUAUUGGUUUUUAAAAGUCUUUACUUUACUGUUGGAAAAAGGUAAUUUAUAAAACUGGGCUACAGUUUUUUAGAAAUAAAAAGGACCUUAAUUAAGGAGCCUUAAGUAACAAAUGCCUUACGCUUCCACCAACCAGAAAUCACCCAGAGAUUCCACACUGCUCGCCCCUCAGUGAGACAGACAUUGUUGAAAUAUCUCCUGCCCUGGCUGCACAACAUGGAACUGGUUGACCCUUCACUUCCUCAGACAUCGCCGCUGGCCUCAUUUUUAACUAGGCUGAGCGACGCCCAGUCUGAUGUGUUCAUGCCACCUCUCAAAGGUGAAGGCUGGGGCUCAACACAGGCCACAGAGAUGGUGCUCAACAACCUGUUUUACAUUACUGUUACGGUGAGCUGGAUAGGAUUUUGGUCUCUGUACCACACCAAUGGCAAUGGUUGUAUAAAUGUAACCCUAUACAAUUGUAUGUUUUGAAGGAAUUAGCUUUUUUUAAGUAAAAAAAAUAUACUUACUGACGUAUCAUGGUACACAGACUCCCGGUGCCCGUUGACAUUUAGGUUUUUGUUUCAUUUGUUCACAUUUUGUAUACGAUUGUUCUUUUCAGAACAAUUAGGACAGGUCAAGAUUUAACCAUUUUCUAAAGAAAUAUUUUCUUCCCAUACACACAACCACUUAUGUGCUAUUGAAAUUUUUUGAAUAAAGUUUUCACUUUUAAAAUGGUUUCAGUUUGGUGAUGAACAUCCACUGGAAAUUGAAGCACUCUGGGCCGCCUUGGUCUCUUGCUGGCCAUUUAACUUAAAAGUCAUCAUUAGAUAUCUGAUCAUUAUAACUAACAUAGCAGCUACUGAUCUUUUGCCCUAUGUGAGUUUGUAUUUAAUAUUCAUUCACCACUAAGAAACGCUGAAAAGUUUUGAAGCACAAUAUUCCUAUCGUUUAUUACGAUAAUUUUGCACUUUUUUCCCCCUUCAUAUCUAAAUAACGAAAUUAUCCUUUUCUGUAAAUAUAGAGCUGUGAAGAGUGUGCCUUUAAAUAAAUCUACCUUACUUACUUUCAUCCUGGCCCAUCUGUUAAAUUCUACCCCUAGACAAAAAUGUUAAAAAUCGUAUUACAAAGAUUGACUAUUCAUCUUCUUUAUUAAGGCCUUACGAAAAAAUUAUAUUAAAUUACAAAAUAAAUUGUUUUGGCCAUUGAAUUUAAAUGAGAUACUUUUCACUGUACUUAUCACUUGCGAUAGAACUGUACUUAUCCCUUGACAUAUCACGGUACUUGUCCCAUGACUCACUGUGCUUAUCGUUGUACUUGUCUGUCUCAGGCCAAACGAGUUGUCACCUACCUGGGCAGAGCCAAACCUGAGAAGCUGGUGGAUGAAUUAAUGAAUGAGCUUCAGGUAAUGUUCUGCUGAUACAAACAAAUGUACUCCCAUCUCUAUACUUAGAGGCUUACAUUAAUUAGCUUAGUUGAAAGUUUGCGUGUCUUAUUAAAUCAACUGAAUAAAUAGGUGCUUGUAACGGAUAUUUUUGGCUAUGAGAUCUUUAAGUAGGAAAUGAAUUUUGCUUUUAACCCUCUUGAGAUGGAACCUGUUAGGACUGUCUUUGCCAAAAAGAUGCUGCAGCCCUUAUCACAAGCCCUUCACUUACUUUGCAAAAAAAAUUAUAAAAAAUAAACUGAUUACUUUACAAAUAUAAAACUAUUUAUAUCCUUGUAGGGAAUGGAAUAAAAUAGUAAGAUCUUUAUAAAUCACACUGAAAUAUUAACAUUUAUGCUAAUGAGAUAUUUUGAUUUGCAUAAUUUAUGCAUGUAAUUCUUUUCAAACAUUUAAAAUAAACAUGUCUUACUUUAAUAAUUUUGUUAAAUUUUAUGAUUGUUGACGUUUUAAUAAGUACUAAUCCAUAUUUGAAUGAGAUUCAAUGUGAAAAACUGUGUAAAAUGUUCCUCUGGGGCUGCUUAUGCCUUUUGGCAUAUUUCAAGGUCACAUAUUUUUUAAAGCAUUUAAAGGGAUAAAAACACUAUAAAAUGACAACAUACAAUAUCAAUGGAAGCCGCCUUUAAAAAAAAUGAGAUGAAAAAUGAGAUGAGCAUGAAAUGGCAAGGCUUUUAUUAUUGGGCCGAUAGAUCAGUCUUUUGUCUUUUUCACCACUUUUUCAACACUCUGGGUAGAUAGAUCGGCCCAGCCAUCUCAUGAGGAUUAAGUUAUUGCCUAUUUUUGUUAUAGGAGCUUAUAAAAAUAUCCCUCAAUUUGAGUUAAUAAUAGUUAUUAGUUAAUUACUAUAAUUAGUUUUUAUGUGAUUUGUAACAGAAGUACCACUUUAAUGUUUUGAUGUCAUCACGCAGACUGUAGAGACAUUAAAUGUGAACAUAGAAAGAACACAGCCUCCCCCAUACUACCGCCUGUCCAGCAUCAAGAAAGUUGUGUCUGGAGCCAAUGCAGCAGAUGAUGGGAAGCAGUUUAGUCCUCCCCCGGACUAUCAAGAGAAGGGAAUACUGCACACCAAGCGACACAGUGCCAAUGAGGAGGUGCAACAUGAAAGGUGGGCUGUCUUGAUAGCAUCACCAUACAAAAUUGCCAUUAGCAGUUUCAACACACAAACUUGCCAUUAAUGGCAUCACCAUUAACUUGCUAUAAAUAGAAUCACCAUACAAACUUGCCAUUCAAAGAAUCACCAUACAAACUUUCCAUUCAUAGAACUCUUAUUGUAAUAAAUCAAGCUGUCAUUAAUCUUUUAAACAAUGUCUAUGUCAUACCAUAUAUUUAAACUGAGAUUACUACAGAUAAAAUUCAAAACUCCAUGUCUAACCUAAAGCGGUAACCAAUCUUAAUUCAGAGUAGCAGGUUUCUUAAAAAUCUUGCAGUUAAGUAGGGUUUACUUAUUCAAAAUAACUGUGGCAAACAGUCAAUGCCAACUUGUCUUCUUACUCUCCAGUACUCCAAGAACAAACUCCACAGCCUCCCUGAGGAGCAUCAACAGCAACAGUACAGGAUCAACAGCCGAACAGCCAGGUACACAUCUUUUUUAUUGGGGGUUGUGUUUUUCGAGGACUUUUAUAAUUUUCUAUCAAAUUUUUAUUUUUGAUCCAGGUCAAAUGGAUCAAUCAUUUUAAUCUUCCCCCAACCACCAUGGACAGGGGUUCAACUCUUAUUUGUUCCCUAGGGGUUCAACUCUUAUUUGUUCCCUAGGGGUUCAACUCUUAUUUGUUCCCUAGGGGUUCAACUCUUAUUUGUUCCCUAGGGGUUCAACUCUUAUUUGUUCCCAAGGGGUUCAACUCUUAUUUGUUCCCUAGGGGUUCAACUCUUAUUUGUUCCCUAGGGGUUCAACUCUUAUUUGUUCCCAAGGAGUUCAACUCUUAUUUGUUCCCUGGCUUCAACUCUUAUUUGUUCCCUAGGGGUUCAACUCUUAUUUGUUCCCUAGGAGUUAAACUCUUAUUUGUUCCUUAGGGUUUCAACUCUUAUUUGUUCCCUAGUGUUGAACUCUUAUUUGUUCCCUAGGGGUUCAACUCUUAUUUGUUCCCUAGGGUUUCAACUCUUGUUUGUUCCCUAGGGGUUCAACUCUUAUUUGUUCCCUAGGGGUUCAACUCUUAUUUUUUCCAUAGGGGUUCAACUCUUAUUUGCUCCCUAGGGGUUCAACUCUUAUUUGUUCCCUAGGGGUUCAACUCUUAUUUGUUCCCUAGGGUUUCAACUCUUAUUUGUUCCCUAGGGUUUCAACUCUUGUUUUUUCCCUAGGAAUUCAACUCUUAUUUGUUCCCUUGGGGUUCAACUCUAAUUUGUUCCCUAGGGGUUCAACUCUUAUUUGUUCCCUAGGGGUUCAACUCUUAUUUGUUCCAUAGGGGCUUAACUAUUAUUUGUUCCCUAGGGAUUCAACUCUUAUUUGUUUCCUAGGGGUUCAACUCUUAUUUGUUCCCUAGUGGUUUAACUCUGAUUUGUUCCCUAGGGGUUCAACUCUUAUUUGUUCCCUAGGUGUUCAACUCUUAUUUGUUCCCUAGGGGUUCAACUCUUAUUUGUUUUCUAGGGGCUCAACUCUAUUUGUUCCCUAGGGGCUCAACUAAGGGUUUAACUCUUAUUUGUUCCCUAGGGGUUCAACUCUUAUUUGUUCCCUAGGGGUUGAACUCUUAUUUGUUCUCUAGGGGCUCAACUGUUAUUUGUUCCCUAGGGGUUCAACUCUUAUUUGUUCCCUAGGGGUUCAACUCUUAUUUGUUCCCUAGGGUUUCAACUCUUAUUUGUUCCCAAGGGGUUCAACUCUUAUUUGUUCCCUAGGGGCUCAACUCUUAUUUGUUCCCUAAAGGCUCAACUCUUAUUUGUUCCCUAAGGGCUCAACUAGGGGUUCAACUCUAAUUUGUUGCCUAGGGGUUCAACUCUUUUUUGUUCCCUAAGGUUUCAACUCUUAUUUUUUCCCUAGGGGCUCAACUCUUAUUUGUUCCCUCCUUCUUUUUACUAUGCUGGCCUUUACUGGUGAUUGUUUUAGUUAAUGUCAUUGAACUUUUAGCUGUGUUUUUCAUAUCAAGUCUCUCAACUAGAAUUUGAUAACAAUUGAGUUUGGUCAUUUAGUGCAGUUGUAAAACAAUACUUAUUAAAUGAUUUGCUUCCCAAAUACCGAUCUCCCCCUCCCCCUCCCAUUAAAACCUGUUCUUUGAAUUGACCUAGAUUGACUAAUUUGUUUGUCUAAUUAGUAUUAUCUGUCAACAGAUUGUGUAAUUGAUGAUUUCAGUUUUUAUUUCAGAUGACGAUGUCAUUGGUGCUCCUCCCUCAAGAGCGGGUGUGGAGCUGCGGCGCAGUGAAUCCCCCGCCCCCUACCCCCUCCCAAUGCCUGCCUACGGGGGAUAUUAUGCCCCGCUGAAUGAAUGUCUGCCUGAAAACUUUACUCCAACCCCUGGGUUUCACAGGUAUCUUAAACUCCAUUUCACAUAAUUCUUAAUAUUCCUGGAUAUGAACCCCAAUCAUUGGGGUAGGGGGGAUUAUUAUAAUAUUAUUGAGAUACAUAUGAUCAUAUUACAAAACUGAGAUAGAAAUGAUUAUAAUUAUAAUAUGAUUGGGGUACAUGUGAUUAUUAUUAUAUGAUGGGGGUAGAAGUGAUUAUAAUAUGAUUGGGGAACAUAUGAUUAUUAUUACAAAAGCGAGGUAGAAGUGAUUAUAAUAUGAUUGGGGUACAUGUGCUCAUAAUUAAAUGUUUGUUGUCAGGGUCAUAUGUGAAUUGGAAGUAUAAUUUUUUGAAUGGUUGAAAAUGGAACAACCUUUUCAAAAUGUUAAUUUUUUCUACAGUUGUGAUCAGGUGUAUCUGCCAUUGGUACUCAACAUAUUUGCCAUUGGUACUCAACAUAUUUGCCAUUGGUACUCAAAUGGUACUCAACAUAUUUGCCAUUGAUACUCAAAAUAUUUGCCAUUGGUGCUCAACAUAUCUGCCAUUGGUACUCAACAUAUCUGCCAUUGGUACUCAAUAUAUCUGCCAUUGGUACUCAACAUAUUUGCCAUUGGUACUCAACGUAUUUGCCAUUGGUACUCAACAUAUCUGCCAUUGGUACGCAACAUAUCUGCCAUGGGUCCUCAACAUAUUUGUCAUUGGUACUCAACAUAUCUGCCAUUGGUACUCAACAUAUCCGCAAUCCAUUAUUCCCAAUUUAAAGAUCUUUUGUAAUAAAUGACUUACAUUUAAAUGCAUUUUCAUGUGUAAAUAAUCAGAUGAAGAUAAAUAUCACACUUUGCCUAUCUUCAAAUCCAUAUUUCUUGGCAAAAUUUCAAAAUCUUACAUUAAAAUAAUAAUCCAAGGACAUGGGGCUUGUGAAGGACAUGGGCUGGUGAAGGUCCUACUUGACAUGUGCCCAGUGUCUCGACACAAUCUGCUUUUAGCAAUGGAUCUUUCUACUUCCAAUAAUUCAUACAAAGAAAGCCCUUUCCGUGUUUAUUUUAUCUACUUCAUACGCUGCAUAUAAUGAUACAGAGUGAAUGACUUAAUCAUGACUAUUUUAAGUUAGCCACAAAAACAGCAAAUAAAACUACUGGAACGUAAAAAUUUGGGAAUCAAUGCCUCACAAACCUUAAGUUUCUGGUUGUUAGUUUUAAGUUGCAGGGUGCAGCAAACUCACCAAAAAUGGUGAAAUUGUCAAGAAAUAGAGUAGUAUUUAAUUUACUUCAUCAUAAAGUAAAACCAAGGCAAGGGUCUUUCUGAAAAAAAAACAAAAACAACCACAUGUAUUUUGGCACCAGAGUGUAAAUGAGUUUGAGAAGCACUGAUUGAAAGCAAUCUAACCAAAGUAUAGUGCAGCUCUACCAUAACUAAUGUCAACAGUAGUACUGAUAAUCUUCUCUACAGGAGCAACAUUGCCGUUAUGUUCCUGUGCGACCUAGUUUUGGAUGGCAUGGAGGUGGACUGGUCGCCACAUUUACCUCUGAUGCUACAUGUGAUAUUCCUAGGUAACUUUGUCACUGUCACUCUGUCCGAUGUCUCCUGCUGUGUUGUUAAAAGUGAUACAAAUGAUUUCAACUUGUUAGUGAUAUAUUUUGUAGAAACAGGUCCUGCAGGACAACUGUUGCUAAGCUUAAGGGGAGUUUCAAAUAGCCUUUGUCUCCAUCAAUCAUAGAGAUGUUCCACUCAUCAUUUGUUCCACCAUCAGUCAUAAAGAUAUUCCAUUCAUCAUUUGUUCCACCAUCAGUCAUAAAGAUAUUCCACUCAUCAUUUGUUCCACCAUCAGUCAUAAAGAUGUCCCACUCAUCAUUUGUUCCACUAUCAGUCAUAAAGAUGUCCCACUCAUCAUUUGUUCCACUAUCAGUCAUAAAGAUGUCCCACUCAUCAUUUGUUCCACCAUCAGUCAUAAAGAUGUUCCACUCAUCAUUUGUUCCACCAUCAGUCAUAAAGAUGUCCCACUCAUUUGUUCCACCAUCAGUCAUAAAGAUGUUCCACUCAUCAUUUGUUCCACUAUCAGCAGUCAUAGAGAUGUCCCACUCAUCAUUUGUUCCACCAUCAAUCAUAGAGAUGUCCCACUCAUCAUUUGCUCCACUAUCAGUCAUAAGAUAUUCCACUCAUCGUUUGUUCCACCAUCAGUCAUAAAGAUUUUCCACUCAUCAUUUGUUCCACUAUCAGUCAUAGAGAUGUCCCACUCAUCAUUUGUUCCACUAUCAAUCAUAGAGAUGUCCCACUCAUCAUUUGUUCCACCAUCAAUCAUAGAGAUUAGAGUCCGACCGAAUUUCGGCUUCGGCGCCAAAAGUGGUCAUUUUAUCACUUUCUGCCAAGUUUCGGUUUCGGCCAAAACUGAAAGUUAACUUUCGGCUUAAUUUCGGUUUCGGUUGAAAGAGAAAAGUUAACUUUUGUGUUUUUUUUCGGUUUCGGCCGAAAUUGACUUAGACUUUCGGCCAUCCGGCCGAAAGUGACAGAGUUUUUUGGUCAUCUGAUUCUCAGCAAAAGCGAUAUUUAACAACAAACUAAGCGACAUUUAAGAACAAACUAAAUUAUCUUUAAGAACAAAUUAAGCGAUCUUUAAGAAAAAACUAAACGAUCUUUAAAAACAAAUGAAGUGAUCUUUAAAAACAAAUAAAGCGAUCUUAAAUAAAAAAAUAAACCAUUUUAAAGAAAAAAUUAAGCGAUUUUUAAGAACGAACUAAGUGAUCUUUAAGAACAAAACAAAUGAUCUUUAAUAGUAAACUAAAUGAUUUAUAAGAAUAAACUAAGCGAUCUUUAACAGAAAACUAAAUGUUCUUUAGGAACAAACUAAAAGAUCUUUAACAACAAACUAAUCGAUCUUAAGGAACAAAAUCAAUUAUCUAUCAGAACAAACUAAGCGAUCUUUAUGAAAAAACUAAGCAAUCUUCAACAACAAAAUAAGCGAUCUUUAAGAACAAACUAAACGAUUUUUAAUAACAAACUAAAAGAUCUAUAAAAACAAACUAAAUAAUCUUUAAGAACAAACUGAAUGAUCUUUAAGAACAACUAAGCGAUAUUUAAGAACAAAAUAAAUGAUCUUUAAGAACAAACUUAGCCAUCUUUAUGAACAAAUUAAGUGAUCUAGAAAUCCUAAACAGAUGUUAAAGCGAUAAUUUUUUGUAAGUAUGCUAGACAUUUCAUGAAGUGCUUAAGGGAUAAUGAGGAAGCAAAAAAAUAUUCACCAACUUUUAUAGAAUUUUCCUUCGUUGAACAGGUUUGGACCAUUCCAGAGCUCUAGUGUAUGAGCAUUGUAAAAAGUUGCUCCAGAAUCUCCUCCUUCUGGCAGCCUCACAAGAGCAGAUUUCUGUGGCAACGUCACGUCUCCUGCUGUCUUACAGAAGUUCUGUUGCGGAUACUUUGAAAGUCAUAUCAGAAGAUCGAGAUGCUCAGCUUACAUUAGGUAGGAAUACCAUUUUAACUAUUUAAUUAAGAAAAUUUAGGAUUAUUAAAAUGUAUGAAAUUUUAGAAUUUAACAUGGCUCAUACUUUCUUCACAAAUAUUGAGCUAUAUUGAUGUCAUCUACAUUUAAGCUAAUUUGGCUCAAUCUGUUUAUUUGUUGUGCCCUAUGUGCUGUGGGUAAUAACAUCAAAAUCUCUUCGAUAUAUGUAACUAUAUCUAUUCAACCCUAGAAACCCCAUCAAGAGAUCCUUACAUUCAGUACAUCACAAAGUCCACCUUCAGCAUUGACAGCAGUGCCACAGUGACCCCAGACAGCACCAGCGACUAUACAGACCCUGAGAUGUUAAACACUGUUGAUGAUGUUAUCAGGGCAAUGCUCAACUUUAUGGAGUCAAGGUAUGAAUACUUAAACUGUUUUAAUUUUUAAAUACUGGAUAGUCAGGAAAAAAGUUCUCAAUGUUAUUUCUACACUUUGUAAUAAUUGUCAACUGAUACUUUAUGAAUGAAUCUAUUGCUCCUUAAGAAGAUGUGUUGCUAUAAUUUAUUCUCAGAAAAGGCAGGCCCUUAUGGAGCUCUGAGGACAUUACACCAAAAAUGCUGAGCACCCAGAGCGCCACACAUUUAGGCUACUUCCUGAAAUACACGGUUAAAUGUUUCAAAGAGCUGUCCCCUUUGGCUCUGGUUGAACAACGCUGGUCCCAGGUGGCGCUCCAGUUGGCUUUAUCCUGCUCUUCCCGACAUUACGCCGGCAGGUCAUUCCAGAUUCUUCGAGCCCUCCUCAUUCGACCGUCAACUCAGAUGUUGUCAGACAUCUUGUCUAGACUAGUGGAGACUGUUGCAGAGCAAGGAGAAGACAUGCAGGUAACAUGUCUUGGAAUAGAUUAUUUAAAAUUUUGAUCAAUAAAAGAAAACUUAAAUUUAGAAAAUAAAACCAACUGAUUAUUGGAUCAUCAACAUGUUUUUGGUCAUUAUUGAGCCAAAAAUUCCUUUGUGAUUUUCUUUGAAAAAUCAUAUGCCAUUUUAAAACAACACCAAUUAUUUUCUACCUGAGCUCCAAAGUAAGUCUUUCAAAUUGUUUCAUUGCUUGACUGACUUUGUAGUUGAGAUAUCAGUUGGUAACAUUAAACAUUUGUUUCAGAUAGUUCACAUUUAAAAUUGAUUUUUUGAAAAACAACAUGUGGUAAAAAUAGUAAUUGUAAAUAGCAGGUGAUCGCAGGCAUUUAAAGAGCAUGCAAUGUUUUUCUACUGAUAAUCCAAGAUUAUCUGUUGUUAAUAAUACUGACCCAUGAAAUGUAAAACUGUGUUAAACUAUUAUGUUUGUUGAUCUAGGGAUAUGUCACUGAGAUGAUGCUCACUCUAGAGGCUUCAAUCGACAACCUCGACCUUGAAUUCAGACCCAUUGAUUUCAUGCGAGAACUUUUCAUGUCAACCCCCAACCUGGCCAAAGAUUUUGGUGACACAAGACGCAGUGCCAUAACUGCACCCAAACACACCCAGGCCCAUCACGCCCGCAGCACCAGCUACACAGUGUCAGCCUACACCCAGAGGGCAUAUGCCGGAGGAGGUAGGGUCGAUACAGCAAUGUUAGAAUAAGUCUUGGUUAAUUGAUAGGCACGUAGCAUAUCAUUUUGUACCUGUACAUUCUUGUAGCACAAUGUUCAAUGAAGAUAAAUUGACAUUUGUAGUUAAAAAAAAACAAUUGAUUUACUGAGUGUCCUCUUACUUUCUUCUUUUGUUUUGAACACAGAAAUUUGAAGACUUUCUUACCUUUUAUGAACUUUGACCAGUGACCUUCUUGAAAUUAUAAACAUGAAAUAGUUUGUUGUACUAUUGCAUCUUUCUUCCCUUCUUUUAAAAAGGUUAUGCUCCCUCAUUGCAUUUUCUUAUUUUAAUAUAUUUUAUAAGUUUGUUGUGGCCCGUGCCAUGUUUUUUAUUUUGUAAACGUGGUUUGCCAUGAAAUGCGCACCGUUUCUGUACAUUUACUAGAAAGAAAGAGCCAGAACAGAGGCUCUGAGCAUCUACAUCUCAUUGUGUGAACAUGCAACCUUUUUUCAGAAUGUGUCAAAUGUGCCCAUCAAGCCAGAAGAAGAAGAUUCUUGGAGAUUUCCAAGGGUACUAUAUUAUAGACUGUAAAUCAGCCUAUCAUAACAUUUACUUAAACCAACGGCUUAGUGUAUUAUGUGACUGCCCAUCUUGUUCUAUCUGGGUUAACCCCCGACAGAAUGGUUCAACUUCAGAUCAUUCAUGAACUCCUUGCAUUUACUUCAAUCCCUGACAAGAAACACUAUCAAGAACAAACCGCCCUCAAGGCACCACCCACAUGAUAUAAACUAGUUAAACAAAGAUCUCUACUUGAGAGUAAAGUUCACCCAGAAUGUUUACCAAAUUAACCCCUUUUUUAAAACCAUUAGUAACCUAUGGACAACUUACAAAAACAUUGUGGAUAAUAGUAUCAAAGAUAGAAAUAUCUAGUUGGUAGACUUUGAAAUUAUUGGUGAAAAUAUUCAUGUUAGUGCACAACAAAACUACAACCUACCAUUAUUUUAAUGAGAGAUAACUUAGAUAGUUCCAUUGAUCUUGGAUUGAAUUAUUUUAUUCAAUGAUGGGCAGUCAUAUUUCUAAAAGCAUAAUUGAUUUAUUGGCUUACAAACUCUGUUUUCUUAUACAGCUGUUUUCUUUGGUUGGUUCCUUGCCCUGCAAACAUGUAUCAAAUCUCUCAAUCUUUUAGUACAUUUCUGUGUAAAAACUGACAAUCAACAAUAAUAUCUCAAGAAAUGUGCUUCUUAAAACACAUAUUUGACCAUCCGGCUGUAACAUGACACUGCUGAGCUAUUAGACCAUCACACUGUAACAUGAUACUAAUGAGCUAUUUGACCAUCUCACUGUAACAUGAUACUGCUGAGCUAUUUGACCAUCACACUGUAACAUGAUACUGCUGAGCUAUUUGGCCAUCACACUGUAACAUGACACUGCUGAGCUAUUUGACCAUCACACUGUAACAUGAUACUACUGAGCUAUUUGACCAUCACACUGUAACAUGAUACUACUGAGCUAUUUGGCCAUCACACUGUAACAUGACACUGCUGAGCUAUUUGACCAUCACACUGUAACAUGACACUGCUGAGCUAUUUGACCAUCACACUGUAACAUGACACUGCUGAGCUAUUUGACCAUCACACUGUAACAUGAUACUAAUGAGCUAUUAGACCAUCACACUGUAACAUGAUACUAAUGAGCUAUUUGACCAUCACACUGUAACAUGACAGUGCUGAGCUAUUAGGCCAUCACACUGUAACAUAUGACACUGCUGACCUAUUUGACCAUCACACUGUAACAUGACACUGCUGAGCUAUUUGAGUUGUGCAGUGCUCUAGUUGCAGCCACUGUUUGACUGUUGUAAUUAAUCAUCUUCAUAUUUCUCUUGUCUUGCUUCCAUGGUGUCUGAAUGUCAAAGGUCUGAAGGUUCAUUUAUCCAUCUAUCCUUUUUAACGCUAGCUCAAACUUAAAAUAGAUACAUUUUCUCUCUUAUGUUUUUAUAAUCAUUUCUCUUAUAUUAGCAUAGUUGCUGAUGGUCACUUUGAAGAUUCAGCCAUCGGAUUUUCCUCCGACCAGACUGUAUCUACUUCAUAGAAUAACCUGUUUUUGUAACGUUCUCAUGGCUGUGGGUCUGAAUAUUUUGUAUGAGUUUAUUGACUGAUAGACAUUUUACAGUUCCUUAAUGAGAAUGAAUGGACCAAGUGGAAAUAGCAGCCAAAUAUUGCAGUUCUCCUCAACCCCCAGGUUCAAUGGUUACUUCAAUAAGGGGAACAUUUUCUCUACUGCAUGAACAUACGACUUCAUUCUAUUGACAGAUUUUAUUUGAGACUGUCUGCACUUGUGUUUCAACAAUCUGUACCAAGUUUUGGGGUCAAGCAUUAUUCAUAUGGACACCAUCACCAUUACAAUUGCAUUUUAAAAUCUUUUUUUUUUUUAAAUUCAUAGGCAUCAUUUUAAAAUGAUAGCCUCCCUUCCCAAAGCUUUCAGGCAUAGAUAGUUCCCCUUUAUUAGAUUAAUGUUUGGCAUUUUAUUUAGUGCUAUUAGUUACAACUUUAACAAAUCUUAACAUAGAGUUUGAUAUUUUACAACUACAAAAAAAUCUUUUUAUUUUGAGACCAUUUCAACCCAUUCUCUCCAUAUAGGCAAAAAUAAUUUUUUAAAUGUUUUAUCAUGCCUCUUUAAAGUUAUGAAAGGUAAAUUCAAAUUCAUACAAAUUUAACAAAGAAGAUUCAGAAAAGAAAAAGCAGUAUCUUGAAAUUAGAUACAGAUCUAACUAGUUAUAUGAUGAUAGGAAGAAGAGAAUUAGUCCACUGACUGUAACUUCUACCAGUGAUCAUUAACACAUCUUCUUGGGAUUUCAAUUGUUCAUUGAUAGUCCAUUGAGCAUUAAAUAACAAUACUUUGCAAUACCAUUCAGAAAUAAAAAUUAUGUCAAAUGUGUAGAUGCACCCUCACAAUAUAAUCUUUAUGUCAGACCUGGUUACUCUUAUGAGCAUUGGCAUUCAAUAUACGGUUUUGAGAUUAUGAUUGUACGUUGAGACCUUUCAGAACUGGGAUUUAAAAAAAAUUUAUUGUUAAUUUUAGCCCCUUUGUGCAUCCAGCGAUGAAUGGACAGUGAAAUACAAAUGGUUGAGGACCAUCCAUAAUUAUGUUACGUACAUGCUGAGUGUGGAAAGGCGGGUGUGGUGUUGAAUUAGGAGCAUAUAGGUGUGCAUGAGGGAGGGGCGAGGUGUCUAAAUAUUUAUAAAGGCUACCGUAUAAAAUAACAUCGCCUCGUUUGAUAAAGAUUUUGAUGAUCGUAAAAUUGAUGCUUAUUGUUUUUACAAUGAACUAGAUUCAGCAGCAGUAAUUUUAGCAUAGUCGACCUAGUGACAAAUUUUGUUAACAUUUGCUUUUGUUUGCUUCAGUGCGCAGCCCCCCUCCCCCCCCCCUCAGGUGACUUUGGUGGGCGUCCUCUAUUGCCACUCCCCCACCCCAUCUUCUUCGGUCAAAGUGAGAAUCGGGGAAAAGUGAGAAGCACUCUAUAUAAAAAUAUAUGAACGUCAGUCAUCUACUUUAGGGAAUGACCUUCAUUAGGCAUGCAUUGGGAAUAGUUGUUGUAUAUAUUAAUACUGUAUGUUUAUUUAUUUACUAUUAUGAUAAAGUAUUUUACAAUUUGGGGAUGGUAAAAGUAGGCUACUAUUCUGAGACAAUAUUGUAUUAUUUUGGGAGUACCAGAGUAACCAGGUCUGGUAUGUAAUAUGUUAUACAAGACUAGAAGCAUGUGCCAUAUUCUUUAUUUUAAUUGAAAGUAAAUAAAUUAUAGACCAUCUCCUUAUCCAAGGGUGUUUAACUUAAUGACAUUGUCACAACAGACAACAAAAUAAGCCGUCACAGAUAAACUUUUGUCAUGGUUUUGGAUUUCUAUUACUUGUAACUGUGUUCUAAAGACAUUUUUUCAGCUUUUGGUACAAGGCUUUGAACAACACCAACUUUUCACUUGAUUUCUUCUUUCCUUGAUGGGAAGGGAGUUUAAUUUUUAACUCAUUGUUUUAGUGUCAGUUUUGACAUUUUUUUUUUGUAAAUCAUCUACUAUUAGAAAAUAUUAAUAUUUCUAAUUAUUUAUUUUUUAUCUAAACUAAUAAAACAAAAUCUUUCAUCUUUCAUUUGAAAUGCAUUUGUGUCAGUAAAGUUAAUACAUUUCUCUCAAUGCUUUGUAACAAUUUAGCAAUGCCAAGGUAUUUUUGUCAUUGUUUUUACAACUGUAAUUUUCUUAUCAUCUCUAUGCAAACUCACUCUUGAUGAAAACAAACAUGUUUAUUAUUUAUAGUGUGAUCUAAACUUACAGUAAUUACAGUGUGUGAGACAUGAAAAGAAAUUUUGUCACUAAUCUUAGGUUAAAAUGUUUACAUUUUUAUGCCAGGAUACACUCAUACUGUCCCAGAUAUGGACUAUGUAUUCAAAGUAAUAGCCAAUUAAAUUUUUUCCAUGACAUUUGAGUAAUUAAGUUACAAGAAAAUGGUGCACAGUAAAUUUGUGAAUGUGAGACGUAAGCUUUUAAUGAAUGGUUAUGGCUGAGUUUUAAUCACUUGGCUUGUUGAUGUUGAAGGUGAUGGAAGAAUACGAAGCUGUACUGAGGUUGAGAGUCGCAAGUCCAACCUGGCACGUUCUCGAUCUGCUCAAUCUCUUAAAAAUCUGGAUCAGUCUGGAACAGAAGACAAGCUGACGCUUGUGACCCAGAUGUUCUGGAUAACGGUGUCGCUACUGGAGUCCGAUUAUGAGUAUGAGUUCACUUUGGCUGUCAGGCUCCUGGACAAGGUCAGUCAAAAAUGAAAAAAGCUGUUUAUUUUAGGCAGAUCUUGUGAUCUAGUACAGCGUUUCCCAAACUGUUAAAUUUCAGGGACCGGUGGACAAGUUACAAAACUGCACCAGGGACCGGUGCCAGAUUUAUUAAAUACAUUUUCUUUCUAUUUAAACAUCAAUACUCAUGUCCUCUGGACCGGUAACGUAAGGCUUGCGGACCGGUACCGGUCCACGAACCACCGUUUGGGGAACACUGAUCUAGUAGAUACACUAUACUAGACUCUGAGACAUCAUUUUAUGUGUUCUCAUUGUAAGUGUGUGUAAUCUCAGUGAUAAGUAGAACUAUCGUUUGUCCAAAGAGAGGAGGAGGGGGAAUUUAUAUAGAUUUAAAAAAUAAAAUCCUCUUGGAGCCCAUCUCCACCCUCUCCACAGAUUUCAAUGAUCCCAAGUUUCAUUAUUACCCAAUCCCGUGCCCUGUCCCACUGUCCCAUCCCCGGAAGGACUUAAAAAAUAAACUAUCUUCGACAUCAAAAAGUCCGCACUCUCAAUAAAACUAAUAAAAUGAUUCAUUUCAACUCCAACUGUCAGAUCCUGUGUCACCUCCAGCCAGAGAGACCAGAGUGCCGAGACAAGCUGGACAAAGUCUUGAAUCAGAUCAAGUGGCCAAACUUCCCUGGGGUCUACAUUUUGUUGAUGAAGGUAUAAAACAGGCUGGUCAUCUAGAAAUGAAACUUUAUGCUCAUUAAUUGAUAGUCAUUAGUGAGCUUAUGUUUGACCAACUUUCUGUCAACUUUAUAAUACAGGUACAGAACCUUACAGGGUAAAAUAUGUUAGACAGCUCAUUCUAAAGGAUCUCGUUAAAAUAUCAAUAUUAGGUGCCCUCUCAUGGUAAAAUGUGUAGUGAAAUUUUGUGAACUAAGCAAAACCCAAAAGGACUGCUGCAUAACUUGAACUAACUAGGUGUAACUUACAACAACAAGCCACUCUUGGCAUCUUAAGUAAUGCAGAAAGUUGGUACUUAAAAUAAUUUGCUUUUGACAAUUUUAUUGCUUGACAUUGAUUAAAAAGAUCUUUCAUGCAGUGGGACUUAGGACAUGCAUUUUUCAUGAUAGAAAAGUAUUUACUCAAUAUUCAACUGGACUUAGUCUGUUAUAUGUGAUCAGAACUUGAAUGAAAUGUACUCAGAAAUGUGUAGAUCAUUGACCUGCUUCUUGAUCACCAGCAGAUAGCAUGCUAUAAACCCAAGUUAAAAUCUCAUGAGCCUAUUAAUGUUUUGAACACUUCCCGCAGGGCUGUACGUCUCACAUGGCUGCAGAGGCGACAUGGGCACUGCUGUCUAAAAUAAUUCUCUGUGUCAACUCACCCAUCAUAGACACGUCUGGUCACCUAGGUAGGUCAAGGUCAGAACGGACUAUACUUCUCUGACACAACAGGUCAGAAGAAAUAUGGUGACUGGUACAGUCAUAUAAAUUGCUAGACCAUCUCCGUUUGUGGAGAAGGAUCAGGAGUUUUGGGUGUGGGUUGUCUUAACUUUGGACCCUUUACUUCUUGCCCUUAUUCAGUUAUUAGUUUAAGGUAGCAAUACAUCUUUAGUUUGGAUUUAGAUGUUUAAAAAGACCCAUGGGCAGUAGGAUUAGAACUUAGUUUACAUCAUGUAGCAAUGAAGUCGGCUGAUUUGAAUGCAUCUUCCUCCUAGGCUUCCCACUGGUGACGAUAGCAUUGCUUCCAUACCUUGUACACAACUAUGAGAAUCCAAGUCAGAUCUGCAGAGAUGCUGCUGACAGAGUGGCCCAGGUGAGCACAUCAUCAUAUUGCUUGUAUCAGGACAUCCUACGUCAUACUGGUCACAUCAUAACAUCAUACUACUAUUACACUGGUUAUAUCAUGACAUCAUAUUAUUACACUGAUUAUCUCAUGACAUCUUACCGUUACACUGAUUAUCUCAUGACAUCUUACCAACACACUGGUUAUGUUAUGACAUCUUGCCAUUACAACUGUUAUAUCAUAACAACUUACCAUUACAAUGUUUAUAUCAUACAAAUCUAACCAUUAAACUCGGUUAUAUCACGACAUAUUAUUACAAUGUUUAUAUCAUAACAUCUUACCAUCACACUGUUAACCUCAUGACAUCACAAUGUUUAUAUCAUGACAUCUUACCAUCACACUGUUAACCUCAUGACAUCACAAUGUUUAUAUCAUGACAUCUUACCAUCACACUGUUAACCUCAUGACAUCACAAUGUUUAUAUCAUAACAUCUUACCAUCACACUGUUAACCUCAUGACAUCACAAUGUUUAUAUCAUGACAUCUUAACAUCACAAUGGUUAUGUUAUGAGAUCUUUUAUCAUGAAAAAGAUUUCCAGGCAGAUUUUACUGUUCUGCAAAUCAAUUUUUUAAAUGUUUAAUCAGCGAGGUUUAGUGGACCAAAGAUAUGAGUCUGAUCUAUCAGCGGCGACCAUGUCAAUGAAUUUGGUUGUCAGUAGAUAAUUUGGUUGUCAGUAGAUAAUUUGGUUGUCAGUAGAUAAUUUGGUUGUCAGUAGAUAAUUUGGUUGUCAGUAGAUAAUUUGGUUGUCAGUAGAUAAUUUGGUUGCAAAGGGUGUCCAGAUUUUCUAAAGAGCUCCGAUGUUCAGAACGUGAACAACACCUAGUUUCAUGCCUUUUUGUUUUGUUUUUUUAAGAUGUGCAGCCAUCAAGGUGACAGACUGACCAAUCUGGCAACUGUGAUGUCUCUCUACAGCAGAGGAACUUUUGGCAAGGACAGUUUUCAGUGGACCAAGUGUGUGGUCAAGUAUUUGUUGGAUGUUUACUCAUCCAGUGCCAUUAGCAUGGUCACUUUCUUAGUGGAGGUUGGUUUUAUUGACAAUGACAAAUUUUUUAUUGUAUUUCAAAAAGAAAUAAAUAAGAUUAAUCUGUCAAGUAACCAUUUGGAAAACUUUAGCAUCGCCUGAAAUAGAAUAGGCCACAGAAACUGUGGGGGAUUGAGUUAAAUCUUCUUGGUAUUCUACCUUUAAACAUCUGUAUAGUCAUUGCUGAGACUCGGUAGAGUCACUGCUGAGACAUAAUGUAGUCAUUGCUGAAACCUGGUAUAGUCAUUGCUGAGACCUGGUAAAGUCAUUGCUGAGACCCGGUUUAGUCAUUGCUGAGACCCGGUAUAGUCAUUGCUGAGACCCGGUAUAGUCAUUGCAGAGACCCGGUAUAGUCAUUGCUGAGACCCGGUAUAGUCAUUGCUGAGACGCGGUAUAGUAAUUGCUGUAACCCAUGUAAUUCAUGAUCCGUUUGUUUCCAAUCAUUCUUCCUAGGUUCUUGAGAAAGGCCAACAAAUCUACCAAACAUCUUGCCUACAGAUUCUCUACUGUAUGGUCCACUACCUUGACAUUGCCACAGCUCCAAGCUCUUUCCUCAACCAAGAACUUUUCCAAGCUAUAAACAAACAUGUGCAGGUGAUUAUUGGUGGUAUAUUGGGAACAUAGAGCAGUUGCCAUUGAAGGUAUAUUGGGAACAUAGAACAGUGGUUAUUGGCGGUACAGUCGGAAAGUAGAGCAAUGUUCUCAAUUGGUCAUUCGCCUGGCAACCAGCUAAUCAAUGUCUUAGAAGAUGAGAAAAUUCAUGUCUCAUGUAAAUGCUCCCAAAACACUUUUCACCCUGCAAUUAUCUGUUAAGGGCUGUUACGUCACUAGUAAUCUGCUGAGAAAAGAUCUUUCUACAUAUAAUUGUAUCAGGUAAAUGGGCAAUGUCUCUGUUUAACAUCAGCAUGAAAGCAGGUUAUUUUAUUUUACUGGGAUAAAAAGGCAUCAAUUUAUUUGCUGUUAUCCUUAACUUGAAUGUGUGACACCAAUCACUUGGCAGCAGACAACUAUCAUACUGUCAGUCACUUAAUCCAGCUUUCACAUGAUCUGUAAUCCUUAAACUACAUGUGUCAGUCACUUAAUCCAGCUUUCACAUGAUCUGUAAUCCUUAAACUACAUGAUGGUCAAGUCAGUUCCAAAAGAUAAAAGUUGUGGAUUCUUUAAAAAAAAUUCUUGUAGCUGCCCAGCAAUGUGUUCAAUGCUCAAUUGAUGUGACAUGAUCGUCACCUUGUUUGUGCAGACCAACAACUGGAGAGAAGCCCUGAAGAUCCUCAAGCUGGCCGUCACCCGUUCAUCCACCCUUGCCACUCCACCUCCGUCAUCGCAAACAUCCAUCCCCUCCAGCGAUCUGACGGUGUUUGCCACUCACACCUCGUUUGCCGAAGCUGAAAGUCUGACCAAGUUUAGCAAAGAACUGCCAGGUGGGAAAUGAUUCAAAUAACACUUGUGAUAUAUAUCCUCCUGAGGGGGAUGUAAUAUGCACUUGUUAAAAAAUUAGUAUGUUAACUUCAAUAUUUUCAACUAAAAAUGUUGACAUUAUUUUUCUUAUGUUUCACAGCAGUCAUGAAUGACUUGAAGGGUUCAGUACGUAAAGCUUAUACAAAUAAUAAAUUAGAAAUUCAUGGAGGUAACUAUUCAAAAGCUAUUAUCUUUGAGUUCAUUGUUUUAUUUGAUAUGAAUCGUGAAUACAGGUCGCACGUUAGAUUUCACCAUUGACCUGUCGAGAACUCCCAUAAUCGGCAGAAGAUAUUUCUCACCUGACAACUUCAAACCCACUGCCCUUGAUGACAAAGAAAAGACUCCAUCCACCAGCGGCUCGGCUGUUUCCCUGUCUCGUAAACCAUCCAACAACCAGGAUAUUGACUCUGUCUGGCGCAGACCUCAGGCUUCACAGGUAAUGACAUCAGGCUUCACAGGUAAUGACAUCAGGCGUCACAAGUCAUGACUCCGGGCUUCACAGGUAAUGACAUCAGGCUUCACAGGUAUUGACAUCAGGCUUCACAGGUAUUGACAUCAGGUUUCUUAGCUCAAUUUGGGAUCUCUUUUCAUUUAUCCACUAUUUUUCCACUGGAAUAAUUUGAUUAGGUGCAUGAUGUUACUAUGUUGUUACUGACUAUAAAUAGCCAUGAAGGGGUAAGACAAGUUUGUCUCUUCAAGAAGGCAACAGAUCUAUAAAUAGCUGCUGUUCAUGGGCCUAGCUAAGCCAUCAAAUACUUGCCAAAUAAUCCAGGACAAUGGUUCGAAAUCUUUUAGGGACCUAGUGCCCAGCUGCAACCCAAAACCCAAUUCUUUAUUGCAAAGUGCCAACAGUGCAAUUAAACCUGAAUACAGAGGUUCUAGUUAUUUGGAUGCUGGACCCACUUGGUUAAUAUGAGUAAUGGCUUAGCCUGUGUCAAGAAGUUGGAACAACAGCUUGUAUGUCUAUAGCAGCUGAGAAUGUGAAAGCACGAACACAUCCAUCAAUGAUUGUUAUCAUUGUCAAGAGAUUGUUGUGACCCAAAGGCCACCAAGCACCAUUUCUGGCUGUGUAUGUUGACUCCUCCUGCAGUCAUAUUGAUCUUCAACAUUGUAACAUUGAAACAGAAAAUGCAGGAUUGCAGCAAUGAAUUGUUUUAUUGUUUCAUAUUAGAGAAGAAUUGUUGCUUAUAAUUUUAAAAUAACUGUUACAUUUAAUUUACAUCCCAAUAGGCACGAGUUAGAGAGCGAUUGGUCAACCUCUUGACCUGCUUCGGCCAGCGUGUCGGACUACCCAAGAGCCCAUCUGUAAGUAUUUCCAGAGGUGAUGCAUGCCAGAGUAGCAUUGUUUCAUAUUUCUUGUCUUUAUCACCUGUCAGAGUCUGUCUAUCAGUCUACCUCUCCUUUGCUAUUGUAAAUCCCAUUUUAAUUUUUUUUUUCCUUCUUAACUGAAAGGGGUUCUCACGAUAUUUUAUUUGUAAACAUCUUAAACUUUAUAUUUAUGAUUAACACAUAUUCCAUUUCAUGUACUAAGAGGAUCAAUUAUUGAAAACUUAACAUUCUUUGCAUAUAUUUAUGAAAUAUCAUUGAACUUAACAAAAAGAGGAUAUUGAUAAAAAAUAGUAUUAAAGUGUUCAAUGAAUCCAGCUAUAUCCACUGUAGUUCGUCCCAAAACACCCUGGAACAAAAAAAAAUUAUUGAUUUAAACAUUGACGCUUUCUUAACUUCAGCUGAACAUAAAAUCUUUCUUUGAAGAUAAAUAUAAAAAAAGUACAAGUAAAUACUAAUGGAAUGGAAGGUGGUUUUGUGGUUCAGAAUUUUCUGGCAAGUCAGAGAGACUGGUUUAGAUUAAUCAACAUUUUUUUUUUUCUUCCUUGAACCAAAUUAAUUUCUUUAAAACAUGAACAUUUAAUAUGGAUUAAUUAAUGAUAAUUAGAAAAAGAAAUUUCUUUGUUACUUGAGUCCAGUAGUCUUGGACUGUUAAUUUCAUUGUUUAGCCAAGUUUUUAAAAAUAAUUCAUAAGAUAAAAUUAUUGAAAGAUUAAUGAUGAGAAGAAGUAGCUGCUAGUUAAAAUGACAUAUCAUUGUCUUACAUAAUUGAUGGUAUAUUUUCUAUAUUAACAGAAAGGAAUUAAUUAGAUAGAAGGAUAUAAGUAUGCAGAAUAGUUGCAUUCUGGGGACCUACACUUUGUUGUUUUUUGUUCCAUUCUUGAAAAAAAUUAUGUGGUUAUCAAAUAAUUUAAAAUGGUAACAUUUUUUCAAAGAAACAAAAAAAUCUUCAAUGUUUAAAAACCUAUUUACUAACUUCUCAUUAACAAGAUGGUGUUUUUUUUUAAGUGUCAAUUUUUAUAUUGAAAUAAUUAAAUCAUCAGAUAUUCUCCAUUAUAUACUAUUACUGCUAUUGAUUUCCAAAACUUUCCCUGAGUUUUAGACACUGCAAAUCUUUUUCAUACAAAGUAUUUACUUUUAUAAAGUUACUUCCUGUCCUUCUUACAAAUUUGUAACAUAUUUAUGUCACCAUUUGGAUUUUCCAAAGCUUGCAUUUUGUCAUUCUCAAACUGCAUCACUCAUCCCUUACAGUAGUUAUUAUCACCCAUUUUUUUCCCCUUUCCAAAAACGUAAAGAAACAUAUGUUAUAAGUGGGUUGUGCAUAGGAGAAAGAAUCGAUACAUUUUUAAAAAUUAGUUAGCCAUUAAAUAAGGAAGAAUUUUUAAAGUUGUUUACAACUAUUGACUAUGUUUUUGUUAGGCCCCGGGUUCACUAAAAUAAUUGUCAGUGUGUGUAACCUAACCAGGGUAUGUUAAACAACAGGGCUAGAAACCUCAACAUAAUUCUUUUGUAUUUAUUCAUAAAUUAAAGAAGUAAAAUUUCCAAGCAAUAAAUAAAAAGUUUUCUAUUUAAAUUGAGAAGAAAGGGGUUGACUGGUUAGCCAGGUGUAAAAAAUAUUAUUGUAUGUUGUACAUCACCUUUAACUUUGCCUGCCUGGUUGUCUAACUAGGACACAGUUAUCAACAAGGUAAGCUCAACUCAUCUAUUUUUAUAUCCCAAUUCCUUUUCUUGCGCCCUCUUAUUUUAUUUGGAGUGUCAUAUGGUAAAUCUCUUUCAAAUGUUGGAGAGAUGUGUUAGGCAUUUAACCAAGACGGUGGGGGGGGGGGGCACAUUUGUUGACCAAGAUUCACCAGCUGAUUGUAUAAAAAAAAGGAGCUUACAGUGAGAACUUUUAUAUGCACUGCACCCAUUAAAGGUUUAUUUUGAUUUAAUUCGUUGACCCUAUGGCAAUUUUAAAAUUUUGUAAUCCCUGAGAAAAUUAUUCUGGCUGGGGUGCAUUUUCUUUGAAAGGAAGCUGCAAUCAUUUUAAAUUUAUUGAAAGAUAAUUUUUUUUUAAAACAUACACCACAAGCAAUAGCUGUACAAAGAAUAAUUCUAUGCAGUAAAAAAAAUAUUAAACUAAUAUUCCAAUAUUUAAAAAUAGUAAAAUGCAUGUGUUUUUGUGUGUUUAUAUAUAUGUAUGUUACUAUUUUUAAAUAUUGGAAUAUUAGUUUAAGGUUUUUUAAGAAAUAAUUUAUUCUUAAAUAGUUUAAUAUCUGCAUUUGCUGACAAGAAAUCUGUGUCAGUAAAGUUAUUUUUAUUAUUUCAUCACUUUAUUGGGUUGGACACCAGACCAUCUAUUUGAUAUUGCUUAUUACGCUGCCAUAUAUUCAGAGCAUUUCUAUAGAUAUUAAUUACACUGGAAAAUUGGGCUUGCUACAUAGACAAAACAUUUUAUAUUAUCUAAACAAAACUGUCGCGUUUUUUUCAACUAAGGUAAGAAAUAUAACUUCAGUUCAAAAAGAGGAUAUUUAUCACUUGAUAUUUUACUUUGUAGUUAAAUAUUAAACUGGUGACUUUUAGAAAGUUGAACAUUUUGAAAUGAAUGUUUGAAUAUAAAUUUUAUCAGGGAAGAGAUGCUUUUUUUAAAUUUGUAGAUUUAUUAAUGAAGGCGUCCCCCAUUAUAUGAAUCAGAGAAAAAUUGCUUUGGUCAGAAUACUGAUGGGAAAUUCACAGGACACCCCCCCCCUCCCCACUUUUCUUCCUCUGCUCCAAUUUCAUUAAAACCCAUUCUACUGUGUUGGACACCUUCCCAUCAGUGUCUUCAAUUAUUUUUAACCAAAGUUUUUAAAAAGCUAACAAUAUUUAUGCUUUUAUGGACACGUUUUUUCUUCUUCUCUGUAACACUAAUGAGUUGUUCUUGAUUUAUAACUCAGCAUUACGUAAGAUUACUGUAUUGUUGCCGUAUCCUAAGUUGUCCACUGCUCUAUGAGUGUCUACUUUCAUUUGAUUAUUUUCUCUGGAAAAGCAAGCUCAACUAGGUUCUUGCUCUAAAGAGACAAUUGUAGCAAACUUAUUUCCCUCUUCUUUUUUUAAUUUUUUUUUUAUUAACUUAAAUUUUUUCAAAGACUAAAAUCGAGCUUCAUGUUAUCUAUUUUUGUGCCUUAUUGGAUAAAUAUAUUUAUAUAUUUGGCUAAUUUUGAGUAGGUUACGUUCCAUUUUUGGUACUGAAACUUCCAGCCAUGUCUUUUUUUUAAUGCUGGGCGAGAUGUAAUAAUUUCAUUGCAUGUCUUUUAUUUUUUAUUAUAUAUAUUUUUUAUUUAUUUAAAACAGAUUUUUAAUCAGUAUAAUAAUUUUUUCAAUUUAAUCACAUAUGUCUAGUUGUUUUUUUGUUUUUUUUAGAAAAGAAAUAUUUGUUUUGGGAACUGAUGGUUGCUUUGAAAUGAUAUGAUAUCGAUAUACUAUAAUCAUAAUAGCUAGAUCUGAAAUUUGCAUAGGGUCUUGGGGAAAUAUAAAGAUCAAUUAAAUUCUCAAAAAGAAUCAUUUUCUUCUAAAGAAUUCAAAUGGAAGUCUCCCUUAAGACAAAUUUCUUUGUCUAAAUUCUUACAUUUGCCAUAUUUAUAAUUAAACAGAACUAUGCUUCAUAAUAUCUUUCAUUACCAUGGUUCAAUCUUAGUUUUUAACAAUUUUCUAACAUCUCAACUGUUUCAAUAGAGCAACAGUUUUUAUUGAAUUAAAAUUAGGAUCUAAAUUGAAUUUUUAUAUUAACUAUCACAUAUCCAGUGUUCAUGUUGCCAUAAGUAAGCAGGCAAUGUAUUCUCUAAGAUCAUUGCUCCGCAACCAUUUAUUUCCCUCAUGGCACACCAAGACCAUUCCCAGAUUUCCUUGAAACAUACCAUUAAAACAUGGUUUAAUGUUUUUUUUUAUAUUUCUUACAAUAUGAAAUUAACAUGAGGAAGUAGAUCUUUUACUUGAGCAAGUAGAUCUUUUAUACCCAGUGAUCUAACGUUGUAUAGUUUAAAAUAUUUAAAUUUAAAAAUAAAUAAGAUUUUUUAGCCUGGCUCGCUGGCUCAAUAUCUGAAAGAGCUAUUCAUAGUUCACCAUCAAUAUCUUUCAAGCAAGACAGCCUAUCAAUUUUUAUUAAAACAAGAUAAGAACAAAUUUGUUUACUAAAUAUAAAUAUGUCAUUGAAAAUAGUAGGAGAACUGAAAUAGCUUGUUAGAAAUUCUAGGGUAUACUUUUUGGAACUUUUUGAGUAACUUAAAUUUUAUUGUCCCGUCAAUCCUCAAUUCAAUAAAUUCAACUUGAACCUGAAGGAAGAAUUUGGGGCAAAAAUUAUAUUCAUACGGCGAAAUGAUUUUGGAACCAAUUGUAUUGCACCAUAGGCCACUUACUGUAUAAAAGUAAUGGUCAGCAACGUUAGAUGUUGUUGUGCCAAGCUUAAAAUGCUUUUCUUAUUUACCAAAAUUUUUCUCUGAAAUAGGUUAAACACAACGAAACAUGCCCACUUAAAACACAGUUAAAACAGUCUUAUGAUACAAAGAAAAGCACCGACCACUCACUUAGACAGUGCCCUAUUGACCCAUGGCAGGCCCCCUGGGCUUCCAGCUUCUUUGGGCCCCUCAACACAUUUACACAGCAUUUUCAUGGCUUGGCCAAAGUAUGCAUGGGCCCAUGCUCUAGGUGGGCCCCGGGCUUCACUUAGGCACUUACGCUAUGACAUUUAUGUGUAAAGCUACCAUAUUAUUUCUUUGCAUGCCACCCAAAAGUAAUAAUAGAAUAAAAUGUCCCACAAUAAAAAAUAAACACAAGUUUGACAUGUCAAGAAAUAAGUGGCAAGAUCUUCAAACGACCCAGUCUAGACAGAGUGGGGCUUAGUUUGUCUUGGGUUUGUUUUCAUUAGUCUGUGAUGAAACGUUACCUCCGGAGUGUAGACAAAUUUAACAACCAACAAUCAACACCCGGACAAAUUAUUGCACCUAAACAGCGUUUGAUCAAAUGGUAGUGUGACAUUAAGAUGGGAUGAUGACUUGUCAAACUGCUAAAUUUAAACAUUGAAUGUGCUUUGAUAUUUGACUACAGACGUCUUGACAGCUAGUUAUUUAGCCAAUCAUUGUCUCUGUUAAAACUGUGUAAAUAUCCAAACAUGUUAUUCAUCCUCCUGGAUGACUUUUGAUGCAGCACACCUAUACUCAUAACACAGCACACCAGGCACCAGUCUGACAGAGCACAAAGGUUGUGGAGUUCUGUCUUAGAUAAUAAGCGAUUUAAAAAAAAAAAAUUCUGCAUUAUUCAUCUCUGCAAGUUCCCACCCAUCCCAGAAUUCAAUCAGGAUAGUCUACCAAGAGUCCCCUAAAAAUGUUUUUUUUUAUAGUUAACUCAAGACAAAUUAUCCUUGACCUUGUUUAAGUAACUCCCAGCCCAAUAUUUGACUUAUGUUUUAAAGUCACUUGCUAACUGAAGAGUGAUUCUCUUAUUAGAAUUUUGUUAGUAGUAUGUGUUUGUCUUCAUUUUGUUCUGCUGUUAAAGUCCAAGACUUAUUUUCAACAUAUUGGACAGCCAUGGUGUAACCUACUACUUUUAAACUGCUAACAAGCAAGCACAUAAAACUACUUGAUUCUAUAAUCUCAUGUCUUCUAAUUUAUUUCAUUUAAUUAUCCUUGCUGUUGACCAUAAAAAUAUACUGGUUAUAAAACACAGACUCUGUGUUGACCACAAUUAACACACCCAUUGUUAAUGGCAACAUGUCUAGAAUAUUAUGACCAUUUGUCUUCAUCCUACUGGAAAUCAUUCUUAUAACAUUUAAUUUUUAAGAUACUUAAAAAAUAAAACAACUAAAACCAUACUUGCUUUAUGUCCUUACAGUUUCUCUAUGAAACAGUGAAUAUUAUAUUUUACAUAUCAAGGUUAAAUAUAUAUAAAAGUUAGAUAGAAAAAAAAGACAGUAUUGACUCUUUAGACAAUAACCAUUUGCACAUUAAACUUUUUUUCUUCCCUAAACUUUAACUCCUGACCCUGAUUAUUUCAUAGUUGUAAUUACCAUAGAUGUUCUACAAUGUAAUUACAAUGUUAACUUUUAAAUUGCAAAGUUUCCCAACCAGCAACUUGAAAGGUAUGGUACUAGUUAUUUGCUGCUGUUCACUGAGCUAUUCAAAAUGAAACUUAAUUUCUACUCAUUUUUACAUUUUGAAAUUGUCUGUCUAAAAAAAAAACCAGACUGUAAUAUAAUAAGACAAAGUUUUAAUUCUACAUUAACCAACUAUUGUUAAUAUUCCAGGUGAUCUUCAGCCAGUCCAGUGAUACACUUGACCAUCAGCCUAGCGUGGGAGGAUCAAGUGGUGAAGAGACAUCUUUGCCAGAAGCAUCUUCAAGUGAGUGUAUGUGUCUUAUACUCACAGGCUCAGACCUGCGAGAAAUCGUAAUAUGCCCUUUCUUUUUAGGUCAUCCUUUUUUAUGCUUACUUUAUAGUAUAGAUCAGACUGCAGGGAUGACAAUAUUGCUGUUGAAAUAUUUUUGGUCCCCAUUCCAAAGUUCAUUCUGGAUCUACAUUUCUGACAAGGUUGUGUUAAUAUUGAAGGGUCAUAGAAUGAUUCUGAUAAAAAUAAAGGAAAUCAUGACAUCUCAAACUCUAUAUUCACGUUUCAGUAAAUUGAUUCAGUCGUCCUAAAAAUGCAACAAAUUUUCACUCCACAACCAUAGAUAAGUUUGAAGAUGAAGUUAGUUGAAAAGCUGCCGCCGCUGUUUUGGGUGUCAUAGUGAGAAGGGGCGUGUUUUGGAAAUAUUUUGUUUUAAAAAGAAAUAGUCACAAGUAUAGCAAACAAGAAGUUGCUAAUUAAAAAAAGUCGUCACAACUUCUCCUAUAAUUGGGGUUUCACUAUACAAAGUACUUGAAUCAAAUUUCAUGAUGUGCAUGCAAGGUGAACCCUGUCUGUAUGUUGGUUUGUUUCUUACUAGAUGACACGUUGAUGUGCAAUGAGAGCAGUGGUAAUGAGCUGAUGGUCACGUUUAAAGGCUUUGAUUUCUUGGACAAUGAGUUGGAGGAAUCUGAGGUGAAAUGUAGUUUUUAAAAAAAAUAAAAAUUCUGCUUGUUCAGUCCUGUGUGAAUCAUCAUAAUACCAUUUUAAAAUGUGUUAAGUUAAAUAAGUAAUGAGUUUAUUCAUAACUGAUUUCAUUGCUUGGGUUGUUGUUUGUAAUGAUCGUUCAGUUAAGAUGAACCUGCUAGUCUUGUGUACAUUCUUUGCAUCAGUUGUAUACUUAAUUUGUGCAUUGAAGAUCAUCAUGACUGAGCAAUUAAUCUGGAAAGAAAGUAAAAUAUUUUUUUUUUUCUUUUUUUAAUUUAGUCGGAGGACUUUUUCUCCCAAUUGGUUGACCGUCGUCACUCUCUGCACCUGGAACCGUCGCCUACAGCACCUGGGCGUCCUAAUUUUGGCAGUGAGCCAAACUUGCAGAUGAUCAGCAGCAACCUUUCAAAGAGAUCCCCGAGAGACAGUGUAACAGAGGAGCCAUCCACGGAUGAUGAAGUAAGUUGAUGAAAGAAAAGAUUUGGAUUGACGAUUUGUCACUUUUGUCUUAAAAUUAUUUUUUUCCUUCAAAUGGUGUAAUUUUUUAAAGCUAUGUUGAUGAAAUUAACUGAAGGCCAGACCAAUAAAACAGUUUUACAAACAAAAAUGUUAGCACCAAUUUCAUAAUGAUGCCAAAAGUAAACUAGUUAAUUAAGACAAAGCAUUUCAUACAAGGUCUUAUUCGUUACAUCUAUGACUUACACUGCAAUCACUUUCCCCAGUCUGAAAGUUCUGAACAGGAAGCCAGUGGAGCAACUGCAACAACUGAUUCUCUUGCUGGAUCCUCCUCUAUUCAAGCCAGCUCGAAUCUUGGACGACAACGUUCGAGUCCUUUAACUGCUUCCACGUGAGACUUAGUUAAUUUUUUUAGGCUGCAAGGGAUGUAAGGUGCCUAAAUUAUGAGCUUUAUAAUUUUUAAAACAGAAAUUACACACAAAUUAGGGGAGCAUGGCAGUGUCCAAUAGAAUCGUUUAAUUUGGUCAAAGUAGUAAAAAUUUCUCAGACAGUUCAUUACCAAACAUUACUCUACAGCCCUGAUCAGUAGCAUAUAGAUUCUAUGACUUGAUGGUUUAAGCCUGCACAACUCAAAAUGUAAGGUGGGCCGUAAUACUUUAUGAAAAACUUGUGGGGGCAGAAAGAUGAUAGGACAGGGGCAAAAGCUAUAAAGAAAAAAUAAUAAUAAAGAAUAUUUCAUUACUUUGCGGGCCGCCAAGUGGGUGCUCGCGAGCCGCCGGCCUGCGGCUGAAUGUUAAGCAGGCCUGGUUUAAGGGAAAGUUUCUAAUUUUGAAAUAAUAUUCACAGACAAAGUCUGUCCAGUAACUCCCCAAGUGAAACGGAUACAGUGGAUCUCAACUCAAGUCAGGCAUCCCCAGCCUUCACUCAACUUUCAGUUUUGCUUCUAAAUCUCCAAGCUGAUGAGGUCGAAGAGGUGUGGAGAGGUCAUGUUGCAAAGGUCACAGUGGAGAGCUCUAUCAGCCAUGUUGGGAAAACAUGUCAGAUUUUCCCUAAAUUAUUCAGGGUAUGAAUUCAUCUGCCUAAACUAUUAAACAAUAGUUUACAAAAUGUCCAAAAAUGAAGAAGGUGUGGUUAUUAAAAGAUGCCAAAUAUACUUUAUAUGAAUUUUGUAAUAAUUAUAUUUGUUAUUCCCCCAGGAACUCCGUAAGCGUCUGACCACAAUGACCAAAGAAGCCUGCUAUUACAUUUCAAAGUCUGAAAACUUAAAGCCUGUAACAUCACAGAUAUGUAUCCUUAUGUGUACGCCUUUAAAAUCUAGAAAUUUAUGAAAUUGAAAAAUAGGAUGUAAUAUAAUAAUUGAUAUGAUUUAAAAAUACAAAUACAUUUUUUAAAAAAUGUAACUUGAAUGAGAUUUGAAUGACAACAAUGAUUUUUACUUUAUUUACCUCAUGCAACCCCUUUAAAAGGGCCUAAUCUGGCCGGUACCAAUUCAACCCUCAUAGCAGCCAAAUCCGGUCACUCAACAAAUUGUUUAUACCAUACAUUGUUAAAGCUCACCUUUUAAAUUAAAAUAAAGUCCUAUAAGAUGCGAGAGCAAAGGAGAUUACUUCCCUUUUUAAAAUUUUAAUAGUUUUAUUUUUUAUUGUUAUGAUCAUGAGUAGCUGAGUACUUCAUCGUAGUUUGAUAUUUACGAAUUUAAGAAAAAAGCAUUGAGAAAUAAUAAUGUAAUACAACACAUAAAGCAAAAAAUUAUGAAUCCAAAUCAUAUAUAUAAAUAACUAUUUAAUAUAUUAAUAUAUAUAUAGUAUAAAAGUUUUGUUUUUAAAACAAUUUUAAACCUAUCUAUGGUAAUAGUGGAGCUGUUCCCCUUUGGUGUGGGUUUCACUUGACAAAAUUUCUAAGAACCUAGAAUUUAAUGAGUUAAAACAGUUGUGAGAUUCUUUUCUCUUAUGCUUUUAAAUAUGAAAUAUACAGACAUUUAAAAAAAAAAAGGCAUAAUCAUUAUGUUUCUUUCAUGAAGAUUACUUAUCGGUUAAAAUUAUAAUGAAGUUCUAGCGUAGUUUAAGGUCAUAUAAUUACUAUCACUAGUUUCUUAACCCAACUCACAGUGCAAGUAAUGGAUCUUGUUCACCAACAGCUGGAUUGUCCAUUCUUUUUCUCAGAAUCUGACUCUGUAAGCUAUUUGUGUGUAAGCUAUUUGUGUGCUGUGUGUAAGCAAUUUGUAUGUAAGCAAUUUGUGUGUAAGCAAUUUAUUUGUAAGCAAUUUGUGGGUAAGCAAUUUGUGUGUUUAUGAAAUUUUGGGUCUAAGAUCCUCUUGGAAGCUAAAAUGGGGAGAUGGCAGUUGAAGUAUUUUGUGUGCAUGAUCUGAAAACAAAUUUGGGAGCCAUUUAUAAUAAUGAUCCUGGACAUCUGAAUCAAUUUCUUUUUUCUGCACCAAGAGUCGGUUUGGUUGACCGGGCAUCUGCUUUAGAUAUUGAUUUAGUGAACUAAGGGGGACAACUUGACCUCUUAAAAAAAAAAUGUAAUUUGCGUCUGAGAUAAUUUAAAUAAGCUUAUAACAUGUAUAUGACAUGGAAUAGUUAAUAAUUUGGGAUUUAUUUCAUUUUAUUCUAAUAUCAUGUUAUCUCAUCAGCUUCUAGGUACCAGACUUGUAGACAGGCAUCGAUUCUGUGUGUUGGAGAUACAGGAAUGUUUCCAAAUUUACUCAACCAAGAAGGAUCAAGCAGAGCAGGUUUGUGGCACACCUUUAGGCUGCUUGGCCAUUUGCUUAGAUGGUUCUGUAUUGUGACUGUUACAAAUUUCGGAACGGAAUCUGUGAAGGCUUGGUAGAUUUCACAAUUGCAAAACAUUAUUUAGUUAUUUUGAUGUUAAAAAUAAUUUUGAAUUUGAGACCAACGUUAAUUUAGUUGGGACCAGAGGUUAUCUAACUAUUUGACAUCUUUUAAAAUAAAACCCUUUUUUAUUUACUGAACUAAUUGAUCGAUAACAGGUAAACAUUUUUGAUAGCCUUAAAUAUUCUAUAAUUAUUAAAUUAUACAUUUAUAAAUCUUUUUUUAAGUCAGAGGAACACAGUAUUUUUUCCAAUGCCGGUACUCACUUUAAAAGAAAAUGAUUUUAACAGUGAUUCUCUACUCCCCACAGAGUCUUGAAAGUUUAAAAUCUUCGAUAAAACAACAAUCCCUUGGUGAUGGUGGAUCUUACAUACUGGCCGGUGAAGAGCAGGUACGUUUUGCUGAAACAUUGGGCAUUGCCUAGGUUGGUGUUUUAUAAGACUUAAUUUGUGUUGAAUAUCAUUAGGUUCAUUCUAUUUCUAUUGCUACCACCAUUUCAUGAAUGAACAGUCUGCAUAUUUAAUUAAUAAUGAGGAAAUCAUUUAUGUUGCAUGUGAUGAAGCAAUGUUUCCUUUUCCUCCCCCAGCAAAUGGAGCUGUGUCAGAAACUGUACAAACUAAUCUUUCAACUGGUCUUGCUGUUUGAGUCUUACCUCAAGCUGUUGGAUGUGUUUCAAAUGGUGACAGCCUCACCUCAGGUAUGCAGCUUCAGACUGGGUUACUUUAUGUCAUUAAGUAUUGCGAUGAUGCAGAGUCAAAGUUAUUUCUAAAAUUUAAAAAAAAAAAAAGAUAUUGCAAUCUGACACGUUUCCAAUUGUCUACCUCCUCCAGUGACAGAUUAAAAAACUGUGUUCAACACACCUUCCAUUUCCGAUAGUACCGGUAAUAUAUCGGUAAUAUAUCGGUAAUAUAUAACUAAAAAGGAUUUCAACAUAAAGAUGGAAUAAUGCUUAUUCAAAGAAACUCAAAAUGAUUACAUUAUGCAGCUAGUCUGGGUUGCCUGGAGAAAAUUUUUAAAAUGCACUAAUUUCAAACUGAGAACAAUAUUCAUAAUUCAUAUGCAGUUUAUCUUAGACAAAUUCAGUUGUAGAAAUAAUUCUUUGGGCCAUUGUUUUCUAACAUGUAGUUCAAUGUGACAAGAAAGCUUUCAUCAACAUAUCAGGGGAAGACUUGUAUCAUUUGAAUGUAUCUUGUUCUAGAUUAAUUCUUAAUUGUGACAGUUGUUAUACAUUUCCUGAGGACCACUUGGCUCCAUCAACAGGUUUCAGACAUGUCUAGUCAGGUGAUUUCAAUUCGUAAGGAACUUCUUCUGUCCUUACAAGAAUUGGAAAAUGGCCAGGCGUCACCUUUCAAUGUGGACUCCAAAGUAAUGAACAAACAGGAAGCAGUGAUAAAUGUAGUUGAAUACCUGCAAGGUGGAAAAUACCUGAAUGCAGUGCAGAUCUUGAGAUGCUUCAGGUGAGUGUUCACAGGAAAUGUGCUGUUUAUAAAAAUCUUAAAUUUUUUAUAGAUACCUUAAAUUGUACAAACAUUUGAUAAAACAUGCUCAUAUUUGACAGGUCUUCCAACUGAUCAGAUCUAACUAUUAUAGUAAAUAGAGGUAGUUCUGAUUUACAUUUUAACCUACUUGUGUGUAAAAAAACCCAACAAAAAAAACCCUAGAAAAGCCAGGUAGCAAAUUUAAGUUUACGCUAUGCCUUUGGCAUGGGUUUUCCCCCCAAUAAUUCUAAAUAAAAUGCAGAUGAAGUUAAAGGUACAAAUCUUUUAAUUCAUCUUUAGACUCUUCAAUUUUUUCAACUAAAAUGUCAUUAGCAGGUUGUUUUAAGUGCCUGGUUAAUGGUGCUUUUUAAUGUGUUUUUUUUUUUUAUUUUGCUGUUUCUUUCAUAUCAUCUUACAAACUUUAUUUAUUAAACAAUGUUCAACCAUGGGGGUGUAUGAAAAAAAUGGGAAAAUAAGUGUGGAUGUGCCGGAAUUAAUACAACAAAGUCAAAUUAUGGUAAUAUAAUUCUGUUCUACAAUUAAUUUUGACCUAAUUUCAUCUUGAAACUUCUGAAAUUACAUCUUAAAAUUAACCCUGUAAAUUGAAAGAUGUGUAUAAAAAGUAAAGGAAUAAAAUAUGAAAACUAUGAAAAUACACUGUGCAAACUUUUUUCUGUGAUUGUUUCAGGUCGCUGUGGCCCAAUGACAUAUUUGGAAUGACAACAGAUGAUGAUGUUCUCACAUUGCUUAACAUUUAUUGUAGCAGUCUAGCAGAUAAGAAACAAGGUUCGUCCAUUCCAAAAAUACUGUUAAUUAUUUCUAAUCCUUCAAUGUUCUUAAAGAUUUGAAAAUCUGUAUGAAAUUCAAAGCAUAUUAAACAGUUUUGAAAUUCCUGAUGCACACAUUUUAAGAAAUGUAGCUUAUUAAGCAGAUUGCCUGGUGGUCACUUUAGUAUCAUCUGCAUUACUAGUAACCAUUGCUACAAAAUGUUUAGUUGAAGGAGUUCCAGGGACACAAUCUGCUCAUUCAGUUUAGGCAUUCUACAAGAAACACAAUAUUCAGACCUUCAAGACAUUUGGAUUAUCAAUAGCAUGAUUUAUAAAUAAUGAAAGUUGUGUAAAAACAAGAAUAUUCAAGUGAUAAAUUGUAUUGGGCCAAUGUUGAGAAGGAAACAAAGAAAAAGAAAUAACAGUUGAGAAGUAUUUUAUUUUUAUGUUCAUUUUUUAAAUUUUCAGGUGUAUUUGCCUUGACCAAAACCAGUCUUGAAUUAACACCUCUGUAUGGCCAACUGAUGGACAUAAACAUACGGCUUAGUUCCAGCUGUUUGUCAAACUUACCCUGCUCAAAUGCCAUAGGUUAGUAGUCAGCACUCAAGUUAUUUCAAUAACUUACCCUUCUCAAACGCCAUAGGAUAGUAGUCAGCACUCAUUUUAUUUCAAUAACUUACCCUUUUCUAAUGCCAUAGGUUAGUAGUCAGCACUCAUUUUAUUUCAAUAACUUACCCUGCUCAAAUGCCAUAGGUUAGUAGUCAGCACUCAAUUUAUUUCACUUUAAAUUUAUAAUCUUAACCUGGCAUUAGCUUUUGAUGACUGCUAAAAAUUGUUGACCCUUUAAAAUGAUUAAUUGAAUUAAUUAUUGAGUUCAAUUUCAACAUGUUGUUCUGCUCAGUUAUUUGGGAAAUGGCAAAUCUUUUUCCAAUAAAAAGAUACAUACAAAAUAUUUGGUGUUGGUAGAAAUUAUGUGCUAAGAAGCCCUGAGAUACUAUUCAAUGUUCUGUUUGUGUGAACAUUAUUAAGUACCGAACACAUUUAAGUGUUCUACAAUAUUGCUUGUCUGCUGAAGAAGACUUUUCAGUAAACAUCCAAGAGUACAUGUCUCCUAAUAAUGUAUUUAUAAAACAUGAUCUGAAGAAUUUGGAGUGACAUCCCUAAACAAGUGAGACUGGGACAUCCAUGGCUAGAUGCUAGGAAACAUUGUGAUUUUAGGAGACGGGUUUGAUUUUUGAUUUUUUGCCCCUAUGGUUUAGCUUCCAUUGACGGUUGAUAAAUGUAAAUGUCUCCAUUUUCUUCAGCUGCACCAACGACUUUACUAUUAUCCUCACCAUCAUCACCUAGAGGUGCUGGCAGCAGAGACAGUGGUGGAAGUGGGGACGGCAGCACAAGAAACAUUUCUGAAGAACAACGCAGACUGGAGAUACUUCUCAAGUCUUCAGAUUCUAGCAUCUUAUGACUAUAGGAAUCUGGUCUUGUCUUAUAAGGAACAUAAUGAAGAUACAAAACUAAAGUUUAUUUUUGUUUUGUAUCCCCAUCAGAUUUUUAAAAAAUGACCUCAACACUAAUUGUUGCAUAAAACUAAUUUGGGGUGGUACAUAGGUUUUAAAUACUGUAGUAUAUUUCAAAUAUUAUUUGAAUUAAACAAAAACAGGAUUCAAAUAAUUAUCCAGUAUUGUUCCUUAUAAGACAAGUCAUGUAAGAUAGUUUAAUUGAAUGUGUUUCAAAAACUUUCAAACUCAUUAUGUAGAUAUCUUGAUUGUGUAAAAAUUUUUCAGCUAGACAAAAUUGUGAAACAAUCUGACGAUAAGGAGUUUAACUCCUGCUAAUCUUUGAAAUUGUUCAUCUGGGAAUAUGACGAUUUUAAUAUUUUUUAAAAUAGCCUUCCCCAACGUUGUUUAUUAAUGCCUAAAUAUUGUUAUAUUUAUUUAAAGUUGAGCUACUCUAUUUAUUUUAUUUUAAACAUUUCUAUUUAACUCAAUUUUUUUAAAACUGCU